CAGUAUUGAACCGGCGCCAGUCGAGCUUACAUGUACAUUCCAUACACGGCAUUCCAUUUUAUACGAUUUCAAUUUCUACGAAAAAUUUCGAGUCUCUUGGACCAAUUUUAGAAUAGAAGGAAAAAAAAAAAAAAAUUUCUCCGAGCUUUUUGGAACCGGUUUCGGAAACAAGGGAUGAUACAGAUCGGAGUCUGACGGUACGCAACCGGAAAAAAGCUCGCUAGGAGCACGCGCGAUAGACCGGACGAAGAGAGAAAUAAGAAAAAAAAAAAAAGAAACGAGAGACGGAGCAAGGAUUGUCCGAGGGGCGUCUUGCCCUUGAUAUCGUUCAACCCCUAUCACGCUUCGAAGUGCGCGUUACAGUGAACAGUUCCAAUUGGUUGAAGUGUCGGAAUCCGGCUGAGAAGUGUUUCGAGUCACACCGGACGGUUUAUUAUGAGUAAAAAAACAUCGCCAGACUGAAGUAGGAAGUAGGAUGUCGCAACCUCCGCCGGGAGGUGGGAGUCCAGGAAGUCCCGACAGUCCGAGGACCCCACGUGGAAGCCGGCUUCGAGACCGCGUGAGCUUUUUCGAGCAAGUAUGGGCUUCCGGAGGUCGUACCUCGAGCGCGGAAGACCUGCAGAGUGCGGACGAGGUGGACCACGCCAACGUACACCAAGCGCACACGGGAUCCUCGCUCGCGAUUCGACCCUCCUCGAGGACGAGCAAUUCCUCGUUCGAGGAGAGCUUCGAACGCAUGGUGGAGGAGGGUGAAUUGAACGGUGCGAAAAUGGUGAAGUUCGAAAAGAUCACCGUACGGAAGAGCGUCCGCGAAAUCACGGGCAAUACGGUCGUCGCCGGCUCGGCAACGUCCGCGUCAACGUCAACGUCGACGACAACGACGACGGUCAGAGGUUCCUCCGGUACGUUUGGGGAGGCCAGUCGAACGCCGAGCGAGGAACAAACUCUGGAAGACUCGGCUUAUCAGAGUCACGGUGUCCAAGGAAGUAAAUCGAGUUCCGUUACAUCGUUCACCAGAUUCCCUUCCGAAGAAAGUCUUCCCAGAGGAAGAGGGAGCAGUCCUCGUCCGAGCGCCGGAACCCCGGAAUUCGGAGGUUUCGGUGCGGAGAGACCAUCCGGAGAAUGGUAUGCCGAGUACCGAAAUCAGAGCUUCCAAAACGUCGCUGUGAGGAUGGAAUACCAACGUAGUCGUAGCGAAUACGACGCUCACAUAGCCGCUAUCAAAGAUGAACAGGAGCGCGUGCAAAAGAAGACUUUUGUAAAUUGGAUUAAUUCCUACCUUUCGAAGCGAGUUCCACCGCUUCGAGUGGAGGAUCUAAUCGAAGACUUGAAGGAUGGCACGCGUCUCCUCGCCCUACUCGAAGUUUUAUCUGGAGAGAAAUUGCCAGUCGAACGGGGACGUAACUUGAAGAGACCUCAUUUCCUCAGCAACGCUAAUACAGCGCUUCAAUUUUUACAGAGCAAAAAAAUCAAAUUAGUGAACAUUAAUUCAUCCGAUUUAGUGGACGGACGGCCACCAGUCGUAUUGGGACUUAUUUGGACCAUAAUCCUGUACUUCCAGCUACGAUCGAAGGAUCGAAGGCGGAUCGAGGAGAACACCAGAGCCUUGGAGUACCUCGGUCAUACCUGGGGGAGUCAGAGCAGCCUCGACAGCCUUGGAACUCAAGGUUCCGCGGCGAACGAACGUCGCCGACAGAGCAGCGAAAAAUGGAAGCAGGGGGCGAGGAAGACCCUUCUACAAUGGGUCACCAACGCGCUGCCAAAGGACGCUGGGAUCCACGUUCGAGAUUUCGGAGAGAGUUGGAGGGACGGAAAUGCCUUUUUGGCGAUUAUCGACGCCAUCAGAGCGAACCUUGUUAACAUCAACGCGAUGAGAGAGGCCUCAAACAAAUCUCGCCUCGAAACAGCCUUCCAAGUGGCUGAAACAGAGCUCGGAAUCGCACGACUGCUCGACCCCGAAGACGUCGAUGUGCCUCGCCCCGACGAAAAAUCCAUCAUGACAUACGUCGCCCAAUUUCUGCACAAGUAUCCGGAGCCGAGGAGCACCGGACCUGACUCUUUCGCCGCCGUACAGCAGGAGUACGAUUCGCUUUUAGGGUGGCUCAACGAACGAACUAGACAACUGGAACAACUCGACAGGAGCAACGCCUUCCCUAUGAGCUAUCCGGAAUACUUGUUGUUCGCGAGUGAAACCGACGACAAGUCAGUAAGUUACAACAAACUUCAGAAUCUAGUCGAUACCCCGAGUAUGAUCAGCAUUACUCGAGAUUCCUGGAGACAGAUCGAAAUUCUAUGGAAUAAAAUGGAAAUCUUGAUGUUGCGUUGGCUGUGGCUCCUGGAUUCGUCAUUGCCAGGUGAAUUUGGAGAAGUCGGCAGAUGGCUGGCCGGAGCUGAGCAGAUCCUGAAUUCUGACGGUGAUAUUCCUGAUGAAAUGACGGAGGAAACUGCGAGCAUAAUUUCUAACAAGCUCGAGGAGCACAAGAAGUACUUCUUGGACCUACCGGAAGUGGUGGAAAAAUUCCAAGCGGCUAGAGGAUCUCCGAUCGCGCAACAAAUAUCUCUUGAACAGUUGGAGAGCAUGGCAUCUAGACUUGCCAGUCUCCCGACUCGCGCUGCAAAGCGUCGAAUCCGUUUGAAGUUCCUCGAGCACAAGUGCUGUCUCAUAGCGUUCCUAUUUCUGGUUGAGACAAAACUUAAGGGAUGGAGUGUGAAAUAUGGAGCGGAGGACAAAGUUCACCAGAUGCUAGAACAGUACAGAAACUUCGUCUCGAGGAAUAGGAUAUUUCAAGAAUUCCAGAAAGCAUAUCUGGAUAUGCAACAAGUUGUUGAGGAAUAUAAGAGAGAGGGAGAUAUCGAUCGUCAGGAAUGCAUGAACACCGAUCGUUUCAUGCGAGAGACCGGUGAGAAAUGGAAAAACGUAUCAAUGGAUUUACGCUGCGUUCAGAGCAUGCUCGAAGAAGUCGUCGCGUAUUGGCGUCGCUGGGCAACGGUAUCCGAUGAUUUUGAAACGUGGUUGUCCAGGGCGGAACCAGCGCUCGAAUUGCCCGAUGAGGAACGUAUGGAAUUUUUCCAGGACAUCAGUGUUUGGAAGGAUAAACAUCAGCAGCUUUCUGACACGGUCAGUUUCCUCAUCGCCACUUCCGACGAGCAGGUCGCUCUACAGCUCAAAGACCGCUAUACUCUUUUGACAUCGAGAUGGGAGCGCUUGUUCUCCGAUGCUAAACAAUACAUGCACGCCGGUGACUUAUUGAGAAACAGGAAGGACUACAGAGCCGGAGUUGAGGCCUUGCAAAAAUGGUUGAGGAACGCGGAAUCCGUUUUAUCAACGACUCAGCUCACCUCGACCGAGCGAAUCAAGGCGUACGGAGAACAACUUCAACUUCUUCACAACGAAGUGGAGGGAAUCGAAGAUCUCUUCAAAAACAUCAGCAAGAAGUUCCAAACUCUGAUCCAAGAUUUGUCGCGUGAGGAGGUGGAUAAGAUGAUGAAUACCUUGAAGAAGGAAAAAGAAGCACUCGUCACGGUGCGUGCCCAAAUACCGAUGCAGCUGCACUUGUAUCAUCAACUUCUAGUUCAGCAGGAGUCUCUUGAGGCUGGACAACGCGAGAUUUCUAACUGGCUUGACGAGGCCGAGCGUUUGCUGGCUGCGAUUAAUCUUUCCGGAGGUAGAGAUGCUGCUCUGGCUCAUCUGGAUCGUCACAAGGCCUUUUUCUCGAGGACUUUAUACUACAAAUCUAUGCUCGAAUCUAAGAACAAGGUCUUCUCCAGCAUGGUGAAAUCGGUGGACUGUCGGGCUAAUGCAGAGGCUGCGGAAGGGGGUGCGGCUCUUCGUGAUUUGAAUGAUCGUUUUUCCCAUGUUGCGCAAUCAGCUCAGAUUUGGGAGCAACGACUUCAAGAGGCUGUACGUUGCUGGACGAAAUUCCGGGAGUGUGAAAGGCAGAUAUCAGAGUGGCUUUCAGCUGCGGAAACUUUGAUAAACGACAAACACAUAGACAGUCGUCAAUCCGUCGAGUAUCACAAGAAUUUCUUCGGAAAAGUCAACGAAAAAUGGAUCCAGGAUCUGGUCAAUGCUGGUCAAGACCUGAGGAAUGCUCUUCCGGUAGAACAGCAGGCUCCGAUAAAAGAAGCUGUUGACAAUCUGCAGAGACGCUGGAAGGAGGUCUUGACUUUUGCACCUCUCCAUUUGAUGCGUCUCGAGUUCCGCCUCGACGAAGCUGCCUUCCUGCAAUACCUUAAGGAAAUUGAGAUGGAAAUAAACUCGGAACAACAGGCUCUGAUCAAAAAUGACGAUGUCGGAGGUAUCGUACAACGUAAUAAAGAAUUCUUCGUGAGUCGCGGUGUCGUUUUGGAAGUGGAACGAUGUCUGCAGACACUGAAGAAGAUCAGCACCGCCUACCACAUUCUUAAGCCAGAUGAUUCGAGCCUCAACGAAGCAGCUCAGCGGGCGGAAGAUCAGUGGGAAAAUACAGCACAGCGCGUUGAAAUUCUCAGGGAACAACUACGUAAAGUACCCGAGCAGUGGGCAGCAUACAGGCAAAAGUUCAACGAGAUGGUGCACUGGAUGGAUCACGUUGACGGUACUCUGAGAACCAUUUUACAAGAAGUCAACUCGUUGGAGGAAUUCGAAAAGGAAAAGACAGUGUUCCAACUACACACGGUGACGCAAAUAUGUCGUGAAGCUGACAGUAAGCGCGAAGAGAUGAAAUGGCUUGUACAAACUUUGGAUAGUCUGGCCUCGAACCGCUCAGAUCACGAAGCAAUCUCUGAGCAGAAUCAACUGGAGCAAUUGAUCACACGUUACAAAAACUUGAUACCAACGAUUGAGAUAACAAUGACGAAGACAGAUAUUUACUCGAAGAGUUACACGUAUCGAAAGGAGGUCCGUGAAGUCUGUAUCUUGUUGGAAAAGGUCCGAGAACAAUCUACGGUCCCCGUUAAACCUGAAAACAUAGAAGUCUUGCGAAAUGCACUAUCUCAUCAGGAGACAAGAUUAACGCAAUUGGAACAGCAAAGAGCGAACAUAGUGAGCAUGUUGCAGCGCGGAAAGGAUAUUUUGAAGGAUCAACACGCUCCAACCUUCGUCUCGUCCGAAGUUCAGCAUCUCGAAUCGAGCUGGAAUAAUACUUAUGGACAGAGUAUCGAGGCCUUGAAGACAUUGAAGGGCAAUCAAAAGUUGUGGAACAAUUAUCAACUGCAGAAGGAAGAGGUGAUCAAGUUGAUUGAACAGGCUGAAGACGAAUUGAAGAAAAUCGAUGCUGGGUAUCACGAUUCCAACCAAGCGUCCGCGGAUCUACAGAGCAAACAUGAGCUCAGUAUUACAUUGCGUAAAACUGCCGAAGAAAUGUUGAGGAAAUUGCGAGAUGUCUAUAGCAAUCUUUCGGAGGUUACGGCGCCCGAGAAAAUACCGGUAUUGGAAAAAGAAGUAACCGAUAUUGAGAAACGGCUCCACGUUACUUUAGAAACCGUCCAGGAACGCGUAGUCUAUCUUCAGCAAUUCAACGCUAAGUGGACCAAGUUCCAGGCUAGACUCGGAGAACUUCAGUCUUGGACUCAUCAGAAUGCACCGCAACUCCUCGCCCAGAUACAAGAAACAUCAAUAUCUCCGGAGGAACGAGUUAAGAAAACUGAGACCUUGCAGACGCAGAUAAAAGAGAAGAUCACCCUAUUGAAAGCUCUCGACACCGAGUCUCUUCAACUGAUAAAGGACGAUGACGCUAAUUUGGAGGCGAAGAGGCUUCGAGCGGAGAUCCAGAGUCUUCAGGAGGCAGCAGACUCUCUCAACAAGAGUAUCGUCUACCAGAAAGAAAUGGCUGGGCGUAAUUUAGCAACAUGGAAAGAGUACGAAGUUGGUAUUCAACAGCUCAAGCCCUGGGUCGAACAGGCGGAAAUUCAGGCUGCCACGAUCGGCUCGAAGCCGUCAACUCUGGCGCAGGCGAUAGAAAUGCUAGCGACCGCGAGAUCCUUCGAGAAACAGUGCGAGGAGCAGCUCCCGCAUGUUCAAGAAUUGUCAGUGAUCAGUCAACAGAUUGCAGGUAGAACGGUUGCGCCUGACGAGGUAGAUGCUGUUCACACAAGGUGGAAUUCCGUCCAUGAUGUAGCCAUCCAUACUUCUACUAAACUCGACAAGCUCGUCUCAUCCUGGAAUACGUUCGAAUCGGAAGCAAAGGAGUUCAAUAACUGGUUACAAAAAGGCGAGAAGGAAUCGCUCGAAGAACCGAAUGUCAAGACACCGGAAGCGUCGAAAUUAGAAAGGGAAUUAGCUCGUCUGAAAGAGUUCAACAAAGAUAUAUCCGAUAGACAGGCACAACUGAUAUCCUUGACGCAAGUUUCGGACCAUAUAAGUCAUGGACUAGCUUUGGAAGGUGCUACAAAUCUGAAGGGACGAGUAGUGGAGAUGAAAUCGCGUGUUAGCAAACUCGCCGACAUCGUUAGAAACCAGAUAAACCAAGUUUCUGAUGCGCUUCUCGCUAGACAGGAAUUCCAAAUGAAACUGACCGAUUUCGACAAUUGGAUGUCGAGGUUGAGUUCGAAUAUAGCUGAGAUCAGUGACGUUAACGCCGACAACGUAGACACGAAUCUACAGGCAGUUCAUGCGUAUCUGCAGGAGCACUCCGACAAGCAGCCAAGUUUUUCGGGAAUUUAUGAGGAAGUGAAAGUUCUCUCGGAGCAGAGUUCACCCGAGGAAGCGGCGGCCUUGAACGAUAUGUACUCUUCCUUAGCCACUAAGUACAAGUCCCUUGAAGACGAUCUCAAUCAAAAGAAAAAAGGACUGGAAAAGUGGACUGAACUAUUGAGCUGGCAUGCGGACACGAAUGCUCAGUUGAGCCACAGUAAAUACCAAGUGGAUGCGCAUAAGCCGACCAUCUCCGAUUUGGAAAGAUUAAACUCGGAGCUGCAAACAAUGUCCACGAAGAUUAACACUUGGAAGGUGCAGGUGCCGCAGGUGGAUACCUCGAUGGGUGUGCAAGUACGUGAUAAAUUGGAAAAACCGCUCACGGCCUCGGCUUUGGUGAACGAAAUUGAAGCUAAGGCGGUUACUCUUCAGACUGAGCUUGCGACGAAACGAGAUAAAUUGGAAAAUCUAAGUGCUCGAUGGGAUAACUUUAGAAAAACUCAACAAACGCUCACCGAAGAGAUCACUCGUACCCAGACUACUCUGCAAGAUAUUACCUACAAAGUGGACACAUGCGAGAAACUCGCUCCGGCGGUUGAAGAAAUUGAUAAACUUAUCGCUGAUCAUCAACAGCGCGAACCGGAAAAAGAGACAUUGCAUCGCGAAGGAAAUACUUUGAUGAAAGAGGAUCAGCGAGCGGUGACCAAUAUUCAGGUUGUGCUCUCUUCGACUGAUGCGAACUGGGAGAAGGUCAAUGAACUGUUGCGAGAACAAAGAAAUAAAUAUGCAGAUAUGGACGCAGACUGGAAGCAAUUUUUGGAAGCGAAGAAGAAGCUGUCCAGCAAUCUGAAGCAAUCAAAAACACUGUGCCAAUCUAUUCAAGAAGUGCCAAAUGAUAUUACCCAAGCAAACGGUGCUCUUGACAAACACAAGAAGGCCGCUGAGUUGCUGAAGAAGGGAAAACAGUCGUUGGAAAAAAUGGACAGUAAAGCCCAACAACUUAUUAAAGAAGCUUCGCUUAUGCCGAAUUUCAAGUCCGACUUGAUCGAAAAGGAUCUCGCUAAGAUGCGUAAACAAUAUCAAGAUGCUUAUGCAAACAUCGUCGAGAAGACACAGACUUAUGAAACGCAGGUCAUUAUCUGGAAACAAAUUGACGAAGCGAAAUAUGAGCUCUCUAGAUGGUUGAGCGAUACGAACGAAGCUCUAGACAGCGCUAGGAAAAAUUUAUCCGACGCUGAAAAUGGUCAGCUUAAACUCUCCAGGUAUCGCGAAGAGUUGCCAGCUUAUCAAUUACUCCGGCAAGGUAUCGCGGCAAAGACGGCGCAAUUGUCGAAGAUGAACAACAAUGCAAAUAUCCCGACCUUAAAAUCUCUCAAUGACCUGUUAGACGAUCAAUUUAGAGUAGUCAAAGAAGCAGCUGACAAGUUGGAGUCCGUGACUACAACGUUCCACGAAAAAGAGAAAAAUAUCAGAGAAGAACUGAAGAGGUCUGGAGAGGCUAUUUUGAAAAUUCGAGAGGAGAUUAUCAAGUGCGACGACCUUACUGGCGAAAAUACCAAAAUACUUGGUAGGAUUAACAAAUGCCAGGCCCUCAAAGGUGAACUUGAACAAGCCGACAAGGCUCUGUCUGAUAUACAGAAGAAAGUCGCGGAUAUGUCUUCCGAAUAUCCUGCCAUUUCGAAAUCCAGCUUGCCCAAAGAACUUCAGGGGCUACAACAACGCAGAGAUGGAGUAGCCAGUCACGCUGAUAAGGUCAGCGCUACGCUCGUAGCCUUCUUAACAAAAUUAUAUCAUGAGAAAUUCGGUGCUCUCCAACGCAUGGUAGCUACACACAAAGAAAAAGCUGCUUGGUGCGAACCAGAACAGAGUAGCGAUCGGUAUAAUCUUGAAGUAAAGAUGGCCUCGCUCGUCGAUGUUGAAAAUGGAAUAGCCGAUUGCGAAGCCCGUAAGGCUGAUACAGACAACUCGUUGAAACUUCUGGAGUCGGUAGAAGGCAAAGAUACCAUGGUGGGCUUGAAAGCAGAACGUGACAAAGUUGCCGCUGAUCUGAAGUCAUUGAAAAAGAGCUACGCGAAGAUCAAACAGGUCCUGGACCGUAACAUAGCGCUCUGGCAACGGUACGAGCUAAUGUCGGAGAAUGUGUCCUCUUGGUUGAAAGAAACUGAAAAUAAAAUUCGUAUCGAAAGUUCUGUGCAACUCACUCUCCCUGAGGUCGAAGACAAGAUCAACGAGAUAGUUGAAUUUCAGAAAAUAGUCUCGAAGUACGAAACCGAAAUAAAAGACCUGAGUAGCCUUGGUGAAGAGAUUAUAAAAGUGAGCCCUGAGUCUCGAGUCGGACAAUACGUUGGCCAUUUGAACACUCGUUAUCAAGCUAUCGUAAAGUUCCUCUCGUCGCACUUGGAACGCCUCGAAGAAGUUGGAACGGGUCGGGAUCAGUACAAAGCUAACGUAAAAGAAGUUGAAGCAUGGAUCAAAAAUGCUGAACAGAAACUGAACAAGUUCGGUGAGAUUUCAGGACCAAAAGCCAUUACGUUUUACCAGUCACGACUGAAGGAACUCAAAGGAUUUGCGGAGGAGCGCGAGAAGGGUCAGGUUAUAUUGAAUCGGACCGCAGAAGCUGGCGAAGCUCUUUACGCGAGAAUUACACCGGAAAAUCGUGAAACUAUUAGAACUGAAUUGCGCAGUCUUAGAAAUCAAGUCGAGUCAUUAUCCGACCGAGCAAAUGUUAUUUACAAACGCAUCGAAACUGAUAUGAUGCAUCGAUCGUCUUUCGAAGACAAAUAUUCUCAAGUAAAGCAGUGGGUCUUUGACGCCCAAGCAAAACUUGCGGAAAAAUCGCGUCUGCUUCCAAAUCUUCCGGAGAAAAAAUUGGAACUACAUUUCUUCCGAACCAUCGCCCAGGAUGUGACCGUUCAUAGAAAUAUACUGCAGCAACUUCAGGACAGGCUUCCAACAAUGUCUGACGACGACGCAGCCGAGAUGUUGAAGAGUGUAAUCGCAGCUUAUGACGAGCUUUCGGAAAACGUCGAGAGCAGAAUCAGCACGGCGGAAAAAUAUGUAGCUAAUCACGAAUGCUACUUGCAAUCGAUCGAGAAAAUGCGCGAUUGGAUAAACACUCUCGUUAACGAAGCAGCUUCCGUAACAGAUGAUUUGACCAUCGACAGAGACACCGCCAAGGCAAGGGUGGCCCUGAUCGAGAACAUACUUCAACAAAAACCGGAAGGGGAUCGUAUCAUGCAGGAAGUUACUGAUCAGUUAAAUGUGGUAUUGGAGCAAACUACGUUAAACGGGCAUCCGGCUGUAUUGAAACCCUACACCGAUCUCAAGUGGGACGAGUUUAUAAAAAAAUGCAUCGAAUCCCGGGAUAAGUUGAAUCAACUCUUUGACAAGUGGGCUGAAUUUGAAAAAGUUGUUGAUUCCCUCGAAACUUGGAUUAAGCAAAUGGAACCUCAAGUGAAAGAUCAGAGUUUGAAAAGUACGGAGGAUACCAAGCGGUUACAUCUGCAGAAGUUGAAAGCGCUCGAGGAAGAAAUCAAUGCGAGAAGCGGAGACUUCAAUGCCGCGGUAGAAAAGAGUCAGGCGAUUGAGGGAGAAUCGGAAUUGGCGACCAAAGUCUCUCGACAAGCAACGAGAUACCAAGCGAUUAGAAAUCAAGCUAAGGAAGCGGUCGCACGUUACGAACAGUUCAUUAAGGAACACAGUAUAUUCAACGAAAAGUAUAAUCAAUUUAUGAAAUGGAUCGGUGACGUCGAUGGUGAACUGAAGAAGCAUGGUGAAAUCGUCGGCGAUCUAGCGAUCUUACAAGCCCGGCAAAAGACCAUUCGAGAUCUCGGGGAUACUCGUACUAAAGAAAAUGCCAAAUUCGAAUCUGUCAUCGACCUUGGAGAGAAAUUAUACGCUCACACAUCGCCCGAUGGCCGAGAGAUCAUUCGUCAACAGCUGAGGAAUUUGCGCACGGUGUGGGAUGGUUUUACCGAGGACUUGCAAUCUGCAACUCAAAAAUUGGACCAGUGCCUGAUGCAAUUCGCAGAGUUUUCACUUUCUCAAGAGCAGCUAACUACCUGGCUUCGUGACGUCGAACGUGCCAUGCAUCAGCAUACAGAGUUGAAGUCGACAUUGCAAGAAAAGAGGGCUCAGUUACAAAACCAUAAGAUCAUGCACCAGGAAAUAAUGUCUCAUCAGGCCCUCGUAGAAUCCGUUUGCGACAAGGCUCAACAGCUUGUCGAUCAAACGAAGGACACUUCGCUGAAUGUCUAUCUACAGUCUAUCAAACAGUUAUUCCAGAACAUUGUCGGCAAGUCACAAGACCUAUUGGAAAACUUGGAAGACUGCGUUGAUAAGCAUAAUCAGUUCAACGCUCAAUGCAAGAGUUUUACGGAUUGGCUGAGUGGUGAACAUGAAAAACUUUUGGACUGUAACGAUAUCGUAGGCGAGAAAGGUGAGAUUUCUCGACGAAUUGCGACCCUCGCCGUUCUCAAGGAUGGCCAAGUUCAAGGAGCCAAUCGACUCGCUAGCUUGAAAGAACUAGGUGCCAAUGUUGCAAAAAGUACCGCCGCAAAGGGACAGGAAGCUAUUACAAAGGAGGUCGCUAGUUUGGAAGCCGAUUUACAUCAGCAUUUGAGUGAAAUUGAAUCCGUCGAGAACAAGCAAAUGAGCGCUUUGCAAAAGUGGCAGGAAUUCGAGGAUCAGUUGGAGUCGCACACUCGAUGGUUCCGCUCGAUGGAAGCUGUCUUCCGAGAUCAGCAGCUCCAAGCUACUUUGAAGGACAAAGAGAGUCAGCUCAGCGUUUUCAAAGAUAAACGGGAGUCCAUUACGAAACAGGAGCGAGAAAUCGACGAAUUCGUCGACAGAUCACACGGCCUCCUUCAUUCGAGCGGCGUUGACCGCAUCAAACCAUUGAUAUCACAAAUUAGCAAUCGGUAUCAACUGCUACAUGUUCUCAGUAAGGAGGUAAUUCAUCGUUGUGAAACCCUAGUCGACGAUCACCGAGCCUUCGAAGGAAAAUUGGAGACUAUCAACGCCUGGCUGACUCCAUUGGAGCAGAAUCUCGCUGCCUUGAAGAAAGAGGAAAUUGGUGGAAACCUAGAGGCAAAGGGAUCUCGACUUCAGGUUCUCCUAGCGGAACGGGAACAGGCUGAGCAUCGUUUGGCUGGACUGACUGCUGCUGGUGAACGGAUCCUUCCGGACACAUCUGCACAAGGCCGCGAGGUCAUCAGACAUGAACUCCGUCACGCUCGCGAGCGUUGGGACAAGUUGGCCGAAGGUAUCAAGGAACAACAGAAAAAGCAGGACGCGCAAUCUCUGCAGUGGUCAAGCUACCAAGACACCCUUCAACAAACACUCGCAUGGCUCGAUAAUAUGGAAAGAACCCUGAAGCAAGAUUCGUCUGCCGUAUGGUCAUCGCUUCAGGAGGUCCGAUCGAAGCUCCUCAAAAAUAAGACCGUUCAUCAAGAGAUUCUUGCUCACAAACGUAUAAUCGAGGCGAUAUCCGAUAAGGCGAACGCCCUUGCUCGGGGAGCUCAGACGCCCGCAGACAUUCAAGAUAAUGCGAAGUCGAUCUCGCAGAGAUACGAGAAGCUCGUGGACACCUCGCAAAAAGGAAUAUUCAAUCUGGAGUCUCUUCUCGAGACUUUCCAACAGUUCCACGAUCUCCAGAAGGCCUAUCAAGACUACCAGAAGCAGCAAUGGGAAAGACUUGCGAAUUACACCGAUUACACCGGAAAUAAAGCGGUGUUACAAGCGCGACUUUUGAAGGUGGUAGAAAUACAGGAUAGUCAGACCGAAGGUGAACUGAAACUUCGUGUUCUCAGUGAUCAUGUUGCUCAAAGUGCUGGCAGUCUUCCACCCAGGUCUCAAGAGUCCAUGGAGAGGGAUCUGACCAAUUUGCGAUUUGAGAACAAAAAGUUCACCACUGCCGUGAGUGACGUUAUUCGAGGGAUCGAAGAGCGAAUCCAACAAUGGAGCGAGUACGAGAACUCUCUGGAUAGACUGCUGGCCUGGCUUAGUGAUGCGGAAGCAUCUCUAAAAAAUUACACCCUGAGGAACACGAUCGAAGAAAAGCAGGAACAACUAGAAAAGUAUCAGGAUCUGCAAAAAGUAACGGAGUCUCGGAGUUCAGAUGUGACGGAGCUGGUAGCGCUGGGUGACCACCUCGACCAAUCUUUGAUCGUGAACUUGCGACAAAAUGAAGCGGAGUUUGAUAAAAUGAGUGACGACUCUUCGGAACUCAUUCAAAUUAGCGGGGAAACCAGAUUUUCCGCGAGCGUUCAACAAGUUACUUCACGAUUCCAAUCUAUUCAAACAACAGCCAAGGAGCUGAUAAAGAAAUGCGAACAGGCAACAGCCGAUCAUGCGGCUUACUUGGAACGUUACAAGCACUGUUCGGAAUGGUUAGCGACUGCACAGUCAAAGUUCCAGACAUCCCAGGAUGGAAUCUCCGGAACUCGGCAGGAGUUAUUAUCGCACAGUACCGCGUUGAAGGAACUUUUAGCGCAGCAGGUUUCAGCUAAUCUUUUGGUGAACACCACCGUCGAAGCUGGCGAACGCCUUUAUCCAACAACCGGAAUGGAAGGCAGAGAAAUAAUCCGACAGCAACUACUGGAACUGCAACAAGCCAUGGAAACACUUUACGAUGGGGUGGGAUCUACCGAACGUGAAAUUCAAACGAAACUCUCACGUUGGUCAGGUUUUGAUGAAUGUAGCGAAGCGUUCAAGAAAUGGUUGGACGAAGCUGAAGCUCAACUGGCGCCAGAAAUCGAGUUGAAAACGACUUUGGACGAGAAGCGAGCGCAGCUUCAGGUUUACCGUACUUUCUUGCACGAAGCACAAUCUCAUCAACAAGACUUGUUCAAUUUGCGCGACAAAGCUGACAGUCUUCCGGAUAGAACCGAUAAAAUAGACCACGUCCUCGAAAAACUAUCCAAGAAACAUGCCUUCAUCUUGAAGCGUGCUCAAGGUUUCGUUGAAAGGUACGAAGCGAUUGUGAGCGAUCAUCAGCAGUACAGUAAAGCCGUUCUCGACACUCACGAGUGGCUUGACGCUACUCAUAACGCGGUGAAUCUCUGGGGUGAUGUUGAACUGGAACGUGUUUCUUUGCAUACCAAUCUUGACCGUUUACGAAACCUCGUUCAAAGUCUUCCCGAAGACGAGCCACGCGUCGAACAGAUACGAAGUCUUGGUGAAAAAGUUAUUCCCGGAACCUUGGAAUCUGGACAAGUGAAUAUCCGUUCGCAGAUCGACUCAUCUCAACAAGAAUGGGAAGGUCUGGUGUCCGCGGUAAAAUCGACGAUAGAGGCAUUGGAAAAUAAGCUACAGCAGUGGAACGAAUUCGAGUCCAUGAAGGAGGAGUGUCUUGCUUGGAUACGAGAAACAGACACCAAACUCCACGCUGUCGACCUCAAAUCGACCCUGAUCGAGAAAAAGGAACAAUCGGAAAAACUCCGCGCUCUUCAAGGUGAGGUGAGGGCCAAGGAACUCGAAAUCGAUGCCGUCACAGAGCGAGCCCAGCAACUUCACAAAAACAUCACAUCUCGAACGUCACAAAUUUCUGAACUUGGAAUAAAGUAUCAGCAGAUAUCGAGCAAAGUUAAAGACUUGAACAACCGUUGGCAGCAGUACUUGACGAGUCAUCAAGAAUUCGAUAAUCAUUUAUCGGAGUGCAUGCAGUGGUUGGAGGACAUCAGAAAUAAAUUGGCGUAUUGUUCCGACCUUAGUGCGUCCUCGCAGAAAGAUUUGGAAAAUAAAAUGGAGAUCAUUCAAGACUUGCUAUCUUACAAGGAAGACGGAUUUUCGAAGGUUCAAGGGAUCGUUGAACUUGCUCAGACCGUUCUCGCGAAUACCGCGCCACCGGGACAUAAGGCGAUAAAUGAUGCCCUCGCUAAACUCCAGGAACAGUGGAGUGCACUGGCAUCAAAAAUGCUAGAGACUAAGACCAAUCUCGAUGAUUCCAUAAAUAAUUGGGCUGGUCUUUUGGAACAGAUACAAUCGAUCAACAAAACUGUGGAGUACAUGCAGACCUCUGUCAAUGAAAUAUCACAGUUCCAAUCCACGAUGUCUGAGAAACGGUCUCAGCUGGAACGAAUCAAGACUUUGGAGGAACGGGUUCGGUGUGAGAAUAUUGAAGUCGACAGUUUGAAGGCUAAGGUAGCGGAAAUGAUAGCAAGCGGACAGCAAAGUUUGGCCGCUUCCCAGGCCCAGGAUAUACUUAAUCAAUUCGACUCUCUCUUUGAGAAAAUUAAAUCGCUUCUCUCGGAGCGUGAGGACCAAUACAAAGAUCAUCGCCUGUACAAGGAAGCCCAUGACGAUCUCAUUGGCUGGCUCAGCCGAGCGCGUGAAAAAAUACCAUCGAUGAAACAGAGAUCGUUAAGCGACAAACUUGCUAUCGAAAAUGCUGUCGCCCCGCUGGAAAGUCUUCUGAAUAAAAAAGCUCAAGGCGAAUUACUCGUGGAACAUCUUCAGCAUACCGGCGAAGUUGUAUGCGCCAGCACUAGCGAGCAAGGGCAAGAAGUCAUCAGAAAUGAGAUUCGCGCCCUCGCCGAAAGUUUCGAAGGACUUUUUGGAGACAUAAAGCAACAGAAAGAUCAACUAGAAGCCACGGUUAGUCAGUGGCGAGAUUAUAAAGAUGAAUAUGAAAGACUCAGUGAUUGGCUGCAGCAGUUCGAUAUUCUCAUCAAAGCGCAAAAGAACGCUCUAUUGCCAAACGUUAAGGAAAAAGAGAAACAAGUCAAGGAAGUUAAAGAGAUAUUAGAAAAUUUGCUGAAGGGUCAAGAACAAAUAGAUAAAUUUAACAAAACUGCGUCAGGCUUAUUGACUUCGCACCUUGAUACCUACGUAAACAAUCAACUGCGGCAUUUGAACUCCAGAUAUCAAGUGCAAGUAAAUCUUGCCAAAGACGUCGUUAAGAAAGUAGAAACAAACCUUGCCCAGCAUCAGGAGUACGAGCGCAAUCUCGGUAAAGCACACGCGUGGAUCGAAAAUGCUAAGCAAAUAAUUCGGCAAGGUACCGAAGCCGCGUCGACCAGCAGUCGGGACGAAUUACAAUCUCGACUGAACCAGAUCCAAGAUCUGCUUAGAAAACGCGAAGAUGGACAAAACCUCGUACACCUUACGGUCAACUGUGGAGAAAAAGUAAUGCGGAAUACCAGGUCGGACGGGCGUGAAGAAAUUAAUGCGCAGUUGAAAGAAAUUCAGAACGAUUGGGAGCGUCUCGUGAAGAAAAUAUCCACGACCAAAGUCCACCUAGAAACUAGUCUUCUUCAAUGGGCCGAUUAUAGCUCUUCUUACUCGCAACUUCAGCAAUGGAUUAAUGAUCGUGAGGCAAAGUUGCAACAGGUCUGCGAACAAAAAGUCUCGAAGGCCAGAAAGGGUCUGGCUGGUUUGAGCUCAUUGGCUAUCGGUGAAAGAAAAGCCAAUCUUCGCCAAACGAACAGUAUCGUUCAAGACAUCGUGGCGUUUGAGCCGAUGAUUCAAUCCGUGACAACGAAGGCUGAGGACCUUCAGCAAGCGACGCCCGCGACGGAAAUAUCGAUCAAAUAUGAAACUCUGAGUAAACAAGCACAGGAACUGUACGCCAAACAGAAAGAGACGGUUGAACAGCACCAGGCAUUUGUCGACAGCGGCAAUGAAUUCGUACAAUGGAUUCGAGUUGCCAAAGAAAGGCUUGGAAAGUGUUCGGAACCCACUGGCGAUAAAGAAUCUCUUUCGAGUAAAAUCACUCAGCUCAAAGUGCUGCAGAGUGAACUUCCCGAGGGACAACAGAAGUUAGAAAAGGCGCUGCAACAAGGAAACGCAGCCUGCCAAGUCGCUGAUGCCGAAGACAAAGAAAUCAUUGAAGAGGAAGUCGCACUCCUUCAAGAAGAGUACGACAAUUAUGUCGAUUCCUUGAACAAUACCAAGAGUUUGCUGGAGAUCGGUAUCGUCAAAUGGACCGAAUACGAAGAUCAAUUUUCCGAGGCUUCGGACUGGUUAACUCAAACUGAGGAACUGGUACGACCGUUCAAUAAAUUACAGGACAGUCUCGAGGAGAAAAAGACGGUUCUGGAAGAAUUCCAAGUCCAUCUGCAGACGUUAUUCGAUUGGCAGAAAGAAUUGGAUCGACUCAACAUGAAGGCGCAAAUGCUUCUGGAAACAUGUUCCGACACAAGGAUUUCAAACGCUAUCACCCAACUGACGACGAAGUACAACGCGUUGCUCUCAUUGGCGAAAGAAAUUAUGCGAAGGCUGGAAUUACAUUAUCAGGAGCAUCAGCAACACAACACUCUUUACCAGGAAUGCGAAGAUUGGAUCGAACGGACUCGCGACAAGCUUGGUGAAUGCAAAGAGGUGCCGAACACCCUGUCGGAAGUGAACAACAAGUUGCACACUUGCAAAGCUAUUCGGCAAACCUUGGAACAAGGUCAAAAUAAACUUCGCUAUGUGUUGGAGUUGAAGGAAAAGGUGAUCAUGAAUACGGAACAAAAUGGCGCUGCAAAAAUUCAAGAGGAUACCGAGAAUCUGAAAUCAGAGUUUGAUAAAUUACUAGCAGACGUGGAGGAGGCAAAACAGAAGCUUGCCACAAGAGCCGGAGUCCUUGAAGAACUUAAUAAGAUGCAUCGUCUGAUUGCCGACUGGAUCGAAGAGGUUGAGCACAAGGUGCAGCCCGAAGAAGUCUUCCGAAAUGAUCUCAGCGAGAAGCGAGGUCUUCUUGAGAAGUAUAAGACAGUCCAAAGAGAUAUUCAUGGACAUGCGGAAACAGUUGAUCGCCUCAGAACUCGCUUGUCCGAAGAUUCGAGCAUACCACAAGACACUUAUCAAGCAACCAUUACGAAAUAUCAGGACUUGAAGAACCUUGUACUUGCUAGGAUCAGUGACCUUGAAGAACAGGUGAAGGAACACGAACGGCUAAGACAGGCUCAAAAUGACGCUGUCGAAUGGGUACGUCGCGCUAAACUCGAAUUACAACAGCAUGGUGACACUCAUGGAGAGAAAGAAAAAGUCAUUGAACGUGAGCAAAAGGUGAACCAGAUAAUUUCUUCAAUGCCAGAAGGCGAGAAACUUAUUAAGAAGACGAUAGAGCUCAGCGAAUCCGUGAUUCCAACAACUGGUCCCGAGGGUCAGGAAUGGAUAAAACAGGAUGUAAAGCAAUUGAACGCAGACUGGGAGUCUUUGAAAAAUCAAUCACGCGAUAGCCAACGAACUUUGGCGAACUGUAUCGUCACUUGGACGCAGUACACGAGCGUCUUUGACAGUAUGAAGAAAUGGCUUGAUCAGUUCCGUAAGAAAGUAAAUGACGAGUCCGCGAAAGACAAUAAAACUCCGGAAGACCUAGAGCGCUGCAAACGAAUUGUUGAAGAAGCCAUCCGUCAAAAACCGGUCCUUGAGGAUCUAAACGACAAAUGUGAGGCGCUCCUAGAAGUUAGCGCAUGCAGCUGGGCCAGGGAUAAUACCGUACAAGUGCAAUCAGCGUACACGACACUAUUGACAGAGGCGCAAAGUCUUGUGUCCAAAGUUGAAAAGAAUCUAUCGGAUCACACGGAGUUUCUCAAGGCCAAACAGGAGCUCGAAGAUUGGCUUCACACUGCUCACGGUUCGGUCCAAGAUUGCAUCGGAGUCGGUGACGUCAGCUGGGCUAAGGAUAAAUUGGAAACCACAAGGCUCGUUGCCACGCGGAUCACCGAAGGACAGCAUUUGCUUUUGACGUUACAAGACGCCUUCGCAAAGGCUAUCAAUACUUCGCUUCCCGAGCAGCAAGACCAGCUGAGAACCGACAUGGCAGACCUUCGUUCCAGUUGGGAGCAGCUCAGCAUGGAUCUCAACAGUGUUCAAGCUCAAGUCAAGUCGAUUCUCAGUCGCUGGGACGACUACGCAGAUUCUCACGCCCGGUUCGAGAGAUGGUUAAGCGACGCUGAAGAAUCUGCUAAGGUGCUUCCCGAAACAAAGGGAGAGCUUGGAGAGAUGAAACGACUUCUCGAAAGAUACAAACACACGCAGGAUGAAGUCAAAGGCAAACGGUUGGAUCUCGAUCACCUUCUUGCGGAGGCUGAGGAGCUGUCCAGUUGGGCAAAAAAUAAUACCACCAAGGAACAGACCAAGUUGCUUUUGACCAGAUGGGAAAAGCUCGGGAGUCAGGUUCAGGAACGGAAAAAUCUCCUGGAGGAAGAGCUUCAAGAGUACAACGGAUAUCAUGCCGCUCUUCAGGAAACUGAGAAAUGGCUUCUGCAAAUUUCCUUCCAACUCAUGGCCCAUAAUUCUUUGUACAUUACCAACAAGGAUCAAACAAUCGAGCAAAUGAAGCAACAUGAAAUACUCCUUGAAGAGAUACGGAAAUACCAAACCGUUCUCGACGACCUCAGAGCUAAGGGGGCUUGUCAAAUAAAGCGGUACGUUUCCGCCGCUCCGACGAUAAAAUCAACGAUAGAAACUCAGCUCCAGAAUGUUCAGGAAAGCUACAACGCUCUUUUGAAUACAGCUGUUCAGAUCAAAAAUCGAUUAGCGGAGUCCUUAGCCAAGUUCCAAGAGUACGAGAACACCCUCGAAAGCAUAAUGAAAAAUUUGGACAUUUACGAGCCGGAGAUCGCCCAAGAAUUAGAAGCACCUUUGGAUAAUUUGGAAGAUGCACAGCGCAGUUUGGAGAGUGCCAGAUCACUCCACAAUAAACUGCAGUCUGAAAAAGCACGUCUUGCGCUCGCAGUGGAAGCUUGUGAAGCGGCUGCUGCGUGCGUUUCUCGACCCGGAAGUCCACUUGACGCACCACCUGUACAAAUUCCAGUUAGAGAAGUCGAAGUUCGAACGCGGCUCGAAGACCUCAUAGACCAGAAAAAUAACGAGGAUUCAGGACGACUGAAAGCUCUACUUGAUAUCAUUGAGCGCAAUGGCUUCUUAGCGAAACUUAAUAAUAUGUGUUACAAGAUGCAAACGCACCUGACUACGGUGAACGAAGCGGUCGGUUCCUUGGAGGAACGUGCUCGUCAGCGAAACGCUUUAAAUACUUGGGUGAACCAGCAACGUGCUCUUUGCGCGGAAUGGAAAUCGCGUCCUGCGAAAUUGAGACCGGAAGCGGCUCAUGCCGAGCUUCAAGCGAUGAACGAACUGCUCACCGGGGUUGGAGAACGUCGGACUCGGGCCCUCACGGAACUGUCCUCCGCGCAGACAGGUCAACCCGAUGACCUUGAGUCUGGAUUGGAUAAGUUGGAGGCAGAAUUAAUCGAAGCGAUAGCCGGGAAACAGGCCACUCAGGAUCUCAUUCAGAAGUAUAGGUCUCACGUACAAGAUAUUCAGACCUGGUUCGAUAAUCUCUCGAAGAGAGUAGACGUCGUGGACAAAGGCAGCGGACUGGUUAUCGCUCAGAAGAUUUCGACCGUACAAGAGAUCACAUCGGAAUUCGAGUCUCAAGGACCAGGUAAACUAGACGAGGUCAAGCAACUCGGUGAUCUCGUGAUGGAUUCCGUUAGCAAUUUAGACUCUCAGCAAAUCGAAGAGCAGAUAAAAUCCGUCGAAAGAAGGUACGGAGAUAUCGGCAAAAAAUUGCAACGAAAGAGUCAAGUGUUGGAUAUGACCGCGCAAGGGAUUGAAGCGACAAGACGGGAGAUUGAAGAGAACCGGAAGUGGAUUGCCGAGAAGAAGGAAGUCGCCAGAACCUCAGGGCCCAUUGGCUAUGAGAGCAGGCUGGCUGAUGAAAAACUUCUGUCACUCAAGGCACUGUUAAAAGAAGCGGAAGGUAAGCAGGUUCUCAUUGCGACUCUGGAGAAGAGGGUUGGUAAUAUGCAGAAUGAAUUAGAAACCAGCGAGCAACAACAACUCGAGUCGGAUACGCGUGCAUUGCGCGGAGAGCAGGCAGAGCUUUGUUCGAUUCUGAGGGAAGAAAUCUCAGCAGCCACCGCGGCGGCAGAACUGCGACGCAAACUUGAGGCUGACUUAGAGCGAGCGCGCCUGUGGAUAAAAUCGAAGAGCAACGACUUGAAGAAGUUGAGCGGUUAUUUGCCCUUGAAAGCUACCAAAGUUGAACACGACAUAAGCCAGCACAACGGGUUCGAGUCGGACAUCAGAAACUUCAGCGAAAGCGAGCUUAACGAUGUUCUCAAGCAAGGUCACGCUCUACUCAAGGACUGCACCGAAGAAGACCGCGGCAGACUCCAAGCGACGUUGAAGGUCAUCAACGAAGAAUAUGAAGCACUGAAGAAGGAGGCUCAAGAGAAGCAAGCAUCUCUCGCAGACCUCUUGCAAGGACGAAAGGCCUUCGAAAGUGACCUUGACAAGUGUCAACGAUGGAUCAACGAGGCUGAAGUUGCGACGUCCGUCGAACUUCGACCUUCAAGUGUCGACGUUCUCCGUGAACAACUUGCCAAGUACGAUCGCUUGAAGAAAGAAGCGAACGAAUACGCCGAGGAAAUCGAGAAAAUAACACAGCAAGGGAAAUCCAUUCUCCCCACAAUCGGCGAUGCCGAUAAAUUAGAGCUGAGCGAACAACUGAAGAACAUGAAAGAGGCUCAUCGCAGGGUCGCUGGCAUCAUAAAUGAAAGAGCUUUGGCUUUGCAGGCGAGCAUUGCCGAGGCGGAGGAGGCGGCGGCAAGGGUUGCGGAAGCGGUACAAUUCAUGACUGAUAUUCAGCGGGAACUGCAAGAGCUCAACAAACCCAUAGGAGCUCGCGCCGAGGACGUUGAAGGGAUGUUGGCGACCUACGAAAGAAUCCUUGGCGACCUGAAGGCUAACAAAGCAAAACUGGCCGACUUGCAAUCGGGGAACGUCGGAGAUCUUCACGGUGUCGUAAGCCAACAAGAUGACCUGAUAAGAGCUUUGGAAGCGCAGAUCGCCAAACUCAGACAGCUUCUUUUGCUCCGGCAACAAUUCAUAGCCCUGGUAACGGAGAUCAUGACCUUCAUCACGAAGUAUACGGGAGUCGUAAGAGAAAUUGAAAAAUCCGGUCAGACUACAGAGGAGAAGAUCAAGCGGUACGAUGACGUGAUUCUGAAAAUUCAAGAGUGCGAAGCGACUCUGGCCAGCGCGACCGACAAGGGACAACAAAUCGCGGCCGAAGGAUCGGCUGCCGAUAGAAACAACGUUACUGAACAACUGCAGUCUCUGAAACAACAACUUCAAGCUUUGAGACGCGCAGUCGAGUCCCAACGCGAAGAACACGAAUUAGCGGCAGCGGAACACAGACGUUUAGCGAACGAAUUGGCCGAUAUUCUCGACUGGCUUCAGGGCAAGGAAAAGGAAGUGAAAUCGCGACCACUGUUGGAAAGAGAUUCUGCGAAUGUUGAAGCGGAGUUGAAAAAGCACAAGGUGCUUUGCGAGAGCGUCAACGAGCACCUUGACAGAAUACGAGCGCUCAAGGAAUCCGUACGUCACGAAGAAGGUAUGCCUGGUUCGUUGAAGGAGAUGCUCAGCGAGGCGGGAUCCCUGAUGACGUCGUUACCCCGCGAAAUGGACGAUCGCGGAACAUAUUUGGAAAAUAAUAAACAGAUGCGACUGGACUACGUUGCUUUGACCGAAAAACUUCACGCUUGGGUCAGCGAAGCUGAGAUAAGACUACAGAGCGGAAAAGAUGGACUCGAUUUUGAAAAUAUUCUCGGGGAUUUGGAGGAGCAUAAGAUUUAUUUCAGUACGGAAUCUUCGAUUCGGGAACUAGUCUCCCAGCAAAUACAACAAGCGGCUGACAAGAUUUGGCCGUCUUUGAACAGUUCCGAGCAGGAAGAACUCAGCAGGGAGCAACAGCACCACACCCAGCUCCUCAAGAACACUAUGAACACCGCUAAAUCGUUGCGCGCACGACUUGAACAGGGUGCUGAGACCUGGAGGGAUUACACGCAAACAUUAGAACGCGUCAGAGCCGUCAUAUCGAGAACCAGAUUCACCGACGAACCCGUCAGCACUCUCGCGGGCCUGCAAUUCAACAUCCAGAAAAUUACCCACGCCCUCAACGACAUACAGAAUCAACAGUUCGAAUUGGAUCUCCUGAACGAACGUGGAAAGGAGGUUUUGGACCAGGCUGAUGCGGCGAAUAAAUCUAUCAUCCAGUCGCAAUUGUCUGCUACUACUCUCGAAUGGAGUGAGCUAGUUUCCGGUCUUGAAGGUCGUCGCAGCGCUUUGGAAGCACUCUCCCGGCACUGGGAAGAUUUGGAAUCCCGAUGGGCUGCCACAGAAGCCAAACUGAAUGCUACAGAGGAACGCAACAAAUUGAUUGACAGUGUUGUCAGGUCCAAACAGCACCUAGUGGACACUACAAAAUCCUUGGAUGAGCUCCUCGCCGAGGGUGAACGAUUGAAACCAGCUACCGAAGAGGUGCGAACGUUGGCUGGCCCUGUGCUCGCCUACUUGGCCGUUUUUACCGAGGCACCAGCACGAAUCCUUGAGGAACGUCUCGAUAAACUUUCACAGUCGGCGCAGUCGCUUGUCGAUUCACUACGCAAUAAGUCCAAAAAGGCAAGUGAGGACUUGGAAACACUCGAAGCGAUCGAACACGAGGUACAGGAGUUGAAGAAGCGAUUGGAAGAGGCCCAUCACCAGGCGUCCUCCUUUUACGUCUUCGGAGCGAACCAAGACGCGACUGAAACAGAACUUGGAGCAUUGCGUUCGCAUCUUGGAAGCCUCGUAGAGGCGGCAAAGAAACUAUCGGGAGACACUAAGGCGCGGUACCAAGCCAGCCAGCAGUUGGUUCCGACUGAUAUUGGACAACAGCUGACUGCUCUCGAACUAGCUGCCGAGAGCGCAGCUUCAGCGAUGGAGGAAAAACAACGCGAGCAGAAGAGAGCAAGAACCACACGUUCCGACUACAUCGCGGAUGUCGAUGAAGUGCAAACGUGGAUUCGGGCGGCCGAACUGAAGGUUCAGGACCGUUCGAUGGAACCGUUCAAGCUCAAAGAACACCUCCAGAAGAUACAAUCCGAGAUCGGGGCGAUUACCGAUAAACUCGAAAGACUCACGAGAAACGGACAAGUCAUCGUCGAGAAUACCAAGGACGGCAACGAAAGGGAAUUGAUCAAAAGCACCGUGAACAAUCUUACCGAACAACUUGCGCAGGUCAGAUCAUGGCUCGAAGAGAAGAAACAACAAGUCGGCGACACUUUGGACGCGUGGCAGAGGUUCUUGACUCUCCACGAGGCGGUCAUGGCCUGGAUUAAAGAAAAACGCAUAUUCCUCGUCGAACCACUGCAGCUCAGCAGUCUGAUACAAGCGAGACAAAGACUUCACGAUUACUCCACCGCGGUAAAGAGCUGCAAGCAAGUGAACAAAAAUUUGAGCGACAUGGGCAAGGAAUUGGAGAGUAUAGGUCAGGUGACGAACGUCGGCGAUUUACCAGAGAAAUUGACGGAGGCUGAAGACGCGAAGGUUGACGUCGAGGGUCAGCUUCUCGAAAGGAACGCUCUGCUCCAAGAAACGAGCGAGGAAUGGGAACAGUGCGAGAAGAAGAUGAAAGACGUUAAAAGUUGGAUAGAGAAAGCAAAACAGACGUUGGAAUCCCCUCAGAGCAAGAAAAAACCAUUGAGAGAUCAGCACGCAACCAGAGAAAAGAUGCUAAGCGACAUCACUAUCCAGAAAACAAAAAUAUCAAUCUCGGUAGAGAAACUGCAGGUCCAUUUCCGGUCCGGAGUUGGUGGCGACAGUCGAAUUAGCGAAGCUGCAAACGAACUGAUCAAGGAGCUGGAGGUCCUUAACGACACUGUCAAGGAACAAACAGCCUCUUUGGAAACCUGCCUCGCUCAGAUUGACCAGUACCAGCAGGAAAUCCAGCAGCUACGCCAACAGAUUGUCCAGGUGGAACAGCAACUCCGUACCGUCCUGAGUCCAACUUAUUUGCCGAACGACAGAGAGAGAGCCCUACAAGAGCAACAGGCCUUGCAGACACAGAUGGACGGUUGGAGGCAACGCUCGAGAAAUCUGGUGGAUCAGAUUCAUGCAGUGGACCCUUACUAUAUUCUCGGGGGUGACGCAAGCCCCCGCCAACCCGGGCUCAUUUCUUACGCAGAUAUCGCUGCAGGCCGCAUUAGUCCAAAUUCUAGGGGAGGUAGCCCUCAGAGGGCCCGAAGCGACGAACCUCCUCCUGCGCAGGUGCUCGUUCACAUUCAACAUCCUACACCGACUAGGCAAUCAAUUGUAGAAACUGUUAGCGUCUCGGAACCGUUGGUACAGGCUGUUCAGUAUCAGCAGCAACAAUCGCAGCCACUUCAAAUUGAGCAAGUAUCGACGCAACAGGUUUUAAAUGUUGAAAAACCGAAUAAACGGGAGAAACAGAUCAGAAAUUCAUCGAUUGGUAGAUCGACGGGAAAUUCAUCGGUUCAAAAGACCGUCGAACGUCCCUCGAGACGAGGACGGUCUCCGACGCGGAAGGAGACUCAUAAGAAAAAAGAUAAAGACGUCAGAGAUACUCAUGAGAUAAAACAAACGAAGGAGACGAAGAAGGUUCCAUUGAUACAAGUGGAAUCUGAACAGAAUAUUCGUCAAGUAUCUCACGAGCCACAAAUACAACAGUCCGGCGAUGGUUUAGCACCUCGCGAAAUCAGGAGACGUUCCCCGAGUCCGAUGUGGAUACCGGGGUCGACAUCCUAUGCCGAUAUACUCAGAGGUAAAAUGCAAGCGGCACUUCGGGCUGCGUCAGAACCGGCGGGUGACUCCCGGGACAUGGUGCAGCUUUCGAAAGAAACGCGUCUACAACACGUUACUAGCGAAGAUGUCCGAAUAGUCGAUAGUUCGGAUACCUUGAGUCGCAAAGACUCUCUAGAGGAGGUGGUGAAUUUACCAAUUGAAAGUCAGAGUCUUCCGGCCAAGCCGGAAGUGCCAAAUGUUGUCGCUGAGACAUAUCAGAGCAUCGGCGAACUGGAGACCUCUAAAAAUGUUGAAGAAUUCAACGGAGAACAGAUCGGUAGUUACGCGAAAGAGACGAGAAACUGGUCCGACGAACCCGUGGACAGUUACAACGUCAUUGAGAACAAGCAUUAUGAAAAUGUCGGCAGAACACAGGCUGAGAUGUACGAUUACAUUCACCCCAUACCAGAACUUGUCGGUUUCAUAAAUUCGCAACUCGGAGCUUAUCCAGUCGGAUCCUACGUUUACUCACCGAAUCAGCAACAGGUGCAAACUAUCGAUACGAUUUCACUGAACCCGUACGAAAGUCACAUGGGAUACACUGCUGAACAUUACGUAACGCAGGGUACAUAUCUGCAGCCCAAUACCACUGACUUGUAUCAUCACCAGCAAACUAUUGUGCAACAAAUUUCUCCUGGCCACUGCAACGACAGGGUGCAACAGCAGCAACAAGUGCCUAAAGAAGUUACCUUGAAUCAGACUGUCACUGUGACUAGCACCGCUCCAGUUCUGCCUGUUCCUACGGAACAGAUCACGGAACAUGUUGAGCGGAAAGAACAAACUGUCACGCAUACUACGACCACCGUCUCGUCCACGACUGAAACGACUUCGAGAAAUGAACAGAGAGAAGGCUCGUUGCCUGCUCCGGACGCUCGUGGGCACUCUUUUUCGUACGCUCAAAUAUUGUCUCAAGGACUUAGUUCAAAAGCUACCACACCUCCUAGGGUGAUAAGUGGCGGCGAACAACAAGCGAGGAGAUCAUUGUCACCGAAAGAACCUUCUCCUCCGAAAAACGUUAUGAUUUCUGCAAGUAGAGAUGAUUCGGAGAAAUCACAUUUUUCACAGGGUGGUAAAGACAGCGAUUGGGAUGUUAUGAAAAAGAAAGAUUUGAAGAAGAAACAGUAUCAGGAGGAUAGACCGAAAAAAGAGGAGGAAAGGAAAGGGUGGAAAAUUAAUCGUAGAACUGAUAGAAAUACUCCACCGAAACAAUUGACCGAAGUUAGCAAAUCCGUCGCGGUAAUGAAAGAGCUCACCGAGCUGCAGAAGAAUGUUGAGAAUAUUCGGAAGGAAGUUGAUAGCGUUAAGACACCCGACGAAAAUGUCAACGAUGUCCAUCAAGGGAAGAAACGUAAACCCAAGAAGAAGAAAGUGGAAAAAUCACAAGACGAUGAGAUCGAAAAAGCUCUGAAAGAAAUUGAAGACAUGAACAAACAGAAGCCGAAAGUGUCGAAGGAGAAAUCUAAGGGGUCGAAUAAACCAAAAGAGAACGUUAUCGUGGAAGAUAUAAAAAUUGGUGGCGAUGUCCCAGUUAAGCACAUUGAGAAACCUGCAAAACAAGACAAAGUCAAGGAUGUAAAGAAGACUUCACGGGACCCGGAGCCCAAGGAGAAGGGGAAACCUAAAAAUGAACAGAAACCGAAAGAGCAGCUCAGUGUAAAACGGGAAACUCAAGCUACAGAAAAAACAGAGACGAUAGUUAUCUCUGAGAAUAAAGAUAAGAAAGGUGGAAAAUCGAAAUCUAAUAAAGACGUAGCCAAGCGCAAAGAUAACACCGGACCCACGGAGAAGGCUAAAGACGCUCAAGAAAUAAUUUCCAAAGACUCAGUUACACCCAGAGAUGAAAAAGCCGUCGCCGAUGAAAAAAUUCCAGAAAAUUUAGCGAAGCUGAAUGACAAUAAAAACAGCAAGAACGAGGCGAAUAUCGAAGAAAAAGUAGCCCCGAAAAAUGCGACCAAGUCCGAAAAGCAGACCUCGAACAAGGAAAAAAUAAAGUCUAAAGAACCGACAGGAUCGAGCAUUGACAAAGCAGACUUGAAAGACAAGAGUCCUCCGAAAGACAAAACAAAAUCUGAAAAACAAAUCACUUCGCAGAAGGAGACUAGCGCGAAAAUUCCUCCCGUGGCCACACAGGCCUCGAAGAAAUCUGAAGCAAAACCCAAGGAUCAAGUUCAUAAGUCGAAAACUAAACCAGAAAAGCAAGAAACGCCUAAAAAGGAUAUAUCACUCGACGAAAAGCAAAUUAUUUCGCCAGUGGAUUCUCAAACGGCUACAAAUAAAGCUCUCCAAUCCGAAGUCACCGUGGAGCGAAAUAUUUUAAUUAAGGAGGAUGUCAAAUCGGAACAGUCUUCAACUGUUGACUCAAUUGAGUCGAAACGUGAAGAACAAAAACAGGAACAGACAACGUCUAAGAGUAAGAAGUCUCAGAAGCAAAACGCUUCCAAAAAGAACGCUAAGCCGGAACAACCCGAAAAAUCUAGUAAACCUGAUAAGACCGAAAAGUCUAAAAAGUCAGGAGAGGCAAUUACUACUUCUACUACCACCUGUUCAGUCACGCAAUCCACAGACGUGUCAAAAGAAGAAAUCAAGAAGAUCGAUGAAACAGUAACUAAAAUAACGGUUCACCCCGAAGAAAAGAAGACUAUCGAAACUGAAAUCAAAUCGAAGAAACAAAUUCUUUCGACUGCGGUUAAUAAACUUGAGGAAGAACAGCCAGCCAAGAUCAAGGCAACGCCUAAGGUCGAACACAAAUUGAAAAAAGACACAAAGCGUGAAGAAGAAACUCCGCAAAAGGGUCAGAAAAAAUCUGAAACAGAGAUUGCAGUAAAGCAGGACUCUCUGCCUCGAAAACAGGAAACGAUUCCUACUUCAGUGGGAAAAAUUUCGAGUACGAUUGAACUUCACAAAGAGACCACGAUUGUUACUGAAGAAUGCAUCGAAAAAAGUGAGUCGAAGACUCAGUCCACAGCUAAGCUCGAACAAGGAAAAAUUUCGGAGGAGAUUACAAUUCAUAAAAAUGGGGAAGAUGCAAAAGACGAUGUAAAGUCAGCAAUAAAAUCUAGCACCACCAUUGAGUCUGUUUCCGAAGUCCGAGAAGCUUCAAAGCCGGAUGCUCCGAGCAAAAAACAAAUUAAGUUGAGCGAUCAGCCUGCUUCUGACGGCAAGACAAGUAUCAAAAAAGAAGUUGAAUCUAAGAAGGCGACUGUUCCCAAGGCCGAAAAGAAGCAGGAAGAAAAGACAAUCGCUGAAAAAGAACCACGAGCUCCACAAUUAGAAUCUUCCGCGGUGGAACUGACUGGAAAUGCUCAAAGUGACUCGAAGAAUGACGUAGAGGUAAAACCGAAACCGAUUUCCAAAGAGAAGGUCAAAUCCAAAAAGAAGGUUGAUACAAAAAUAGAAGUAAAAUCAGAGCAAAAAUCAUCCCCAGAAAUUCCAGUUUCUCCGAAAGACGACAUCUUGACUGUAGAUAAAACUGUAACCGAGACGCAGAUUGUUGAAACUGUGAAGCGAGUAGAUUCUGUAAAACAGUCAACAGACGUAAGCAGCAAGACCAAGUCUGAAGAGAAAUGUACAAAGAAAACUUCUCCGAAACAGAAUGUAUCGACUGACAAAGCUCCUGUCAAAGACACAAAGUCUCAAGAUAAAAUCGACUCCAAGGUAGACGUCAAGCCCGUCGCAGCUGCUAUCGAAACUGAAACGAAUGUCAUCGUUAAGACUGCUGCUGAAGAUGUUCCGAAAAGUCCAUCUGAUGGGAAAACGGAAGAUGUCAAAGUCAAAGCUCAAAAUUCACCCAAGGGUAAGGGCAAGUCUGAAAAACAAGUUUCAGCCCAGCAACAAACGAAGUCCAAAGACAAAACAGUUUCCAAAAUCGAAGUCAUUACAAAGCCGGAAGCCGCUACCGAAAAAGUGGCUGCAUCCAUACCGAAAACUGUCACCGACAUUCGAGUUGAACCAGAAGAGAAAAAAGUUCCGCCUGUCGAGAAAAAUCCUGCGAAGGAAAAAGUAUCGACUAGUGGAAAAUUGACGUCAAAAAUCGAGAAAAAAUCUGCCGAAGAGCAGGUUUCGGCCACUCGACAAACAACUAUCAGCCGACAAAUCGUUGAAUCGACGACGAUCGUUUCUUCUGAAACUAAUGUUAUAGCUGGUGAACAUACCAAAAUUCAAAAUGCUGUAGAAAUACAUGGAGACAUAAAAACAAAAAUUCCUUCCAACGAAAAUGUUGUAGAAAAAGUGGAUAUUGCUCCAGUAGAGUCUGCAAUUUCUUCUCCAGUAAACCCUGUUCCUGCAGCCUGUAAAACUACCAGCAUAACGAUAACCUUACCAGAGAUUGAAAAGUUAGAACCGACAAGGGUCGAACCUGAAGAGCCCGAAACCUCGAAGGUUGAAAAAAGCUCCAAGUCAGUAAGUGUUGUCGAGCAGCACGAAAAGUCCGUAAAGAGUGACAAAGUGCAACGCGAGACAUCGGCCAAAGACCAAACAUCAAUAAAAACGAAAUCUCCGUCUAUAAAACAAACCAAAUCAUCAACUGAAAAGAAAGUUGAAGAAAAGACGGUCGAACCAAAGAAAAAUAUCGACACAGUGGAGUCUAAGGCCAAUAAAACCUCGAAUCUUGAAGAAAUCACCACUGACAAAUCGUCACCGAGUGCUGUUGCUAAAAUUGGACAGCAAGCCAAUAUCAAAAUUAAAGUGACGCAAGUCGAUGCAAAAGUAGAGCAGACGUCUUCAACAGUCACAUCUACCACCGAUAAGAUCGAGUCAAAACCAAAGGUUCGAAAAGAUGACUCCCGCAAAGAAGUUAUUAAAAAAGAAGUGGCUGGUGUUGAAUCCAAAAUUACCGAGACAAAAACUCAAACGUCGAACAAGGUAGAGAAUUUACCGAAAUCUACGGAAGUGGGUAAGAUCAUUGAACCAAUUCGGCCUGCAAGCGAUACUGCGAUGAUAGAAAAAAACCAAGUUGGUUCGCAGAGUACGAUUCCUCAAUCUAAGAGCGAUCCACCAUCAAUCGUUGAAGGAGGUCCCAAAGAGAAAGUCCAAACUGGGAAAGCUUUAAUAAUCGAGAAAACCGUCACCACUGUAACAACCACAACCGCUGGAUCAGAGGAGAUAAAACCUCCUGCGGUUAAAUCUGUCAAGUCUGUUGAAAUAUUAGAAAAUGUUCCACUCCCGAUUACUGUAGGCACAAAGGAAACGGAACUUAUAUCAUUACGUCCGGAAAAUGUAGAGGCUACUUUAACGACAACAUAUGCUAGGGUCGGUGACGUAGAUUCUGCACCUUUAGAUCAAGUAGCACAAUCGAUAAACGAGGCUGUUACGGAUUCGAAAGCACGCAUUCAAAGUCUGGCCGCGUAUUCCACCACGAUUGCGUUACAGGGAGACGAUGCUCCGUUAUUUGGUAGUGUUAAGGACAGAAGUAGAAGUUGUCAUUUGGGUUCAGGUAACGUAGGUGAAUCUGAAAAGGUUGUUUCUGAGGAAUCGAAAGAUUCGAAUGAAGGGACAGGCGCAGUGAUGACAGAGGAGGAUGAAUUGUUCAUGAAAAGUAUCGAGAACAAUUUAAAAAAGAAAACUAAAAAACGACCGGCUUUACCGGAAGAGUUUAUUCAGAAGGAAUCUCAACAAAUUAUCAAACAACGCGUCGAAACUACCGGCGAAGAAUCAACUCACGAAGUCGUUUCUACACUAGGAAAAAUUCAAACCCAGCAGUUGGUGCAAGUGAAUGAAACUACCGUCAAGGAUAAGCCGAAAAAGAAGGAGGGGCAGGAAGUUAAGCGAGUGGAAAACUCCGGAGAGCAGAAGACGAAGAAAGAUAAUACGGAAAAAUCAAAGACCGAAGAGGUGUUAUCCAAAAAAGAAUCGGUUGAUGAGGAGGAAGAUACUACAAAUCUCUUCCGAAAUGAGGCGGAAAUAAUAAAACCGUACUGGUUCGACUAUCAUCACUACGCUGAAGCGGAAAGAGAAUUCCAUCAACACUACACGGUUGUCAGGACAAUUGAGAAACAAGUUUUACCAGUUACAAAUGUUGAAAGAACCGCGGCAGAUAUUGAAAGAAUUGUAAGGGAGUCAACGAUAAGAAAACCAAAAGACGACCCUGUUCCAGUCGCGAAACCGUCUGCUAAGGAAAUCAGAUUGCUCGCCCUCGCUGAAGAAGCUCCGAAAUACUCGGGUGCGAACUUUUUCAACAUUGAAUCUCAGUGGAUUCAGGAUAAAACACAAAAGGAAUUAUCUGAUUUGUCGAAGAAGGAGAGUGUUACUGAUCUCGAGGUGAAAGAAAAGAAAGUAAAGGAUGAAGUAUCAGUUCCCAAAGCUAUCGAACCAAUUAAAGAAUCCAAAGAUAUCCAAUCAGAGAAACUGAAAAAUAAUGAAUCUGAAAAAAUCACAACGGAAUCAGUACACUCGACGGUCAUUGAAUCUCAAAUUAUUACCGUUAAAAAUAUUGAGAAGACAACAGAAUUGAGUUCAAGUGAAAAUGCUAAGGUUGUGAAAUCCACAGAGAUAGAGGUAACAAAACCACAAGAAAAAGUCGAGAAAAUACAAGAACCCGUUAAGUCCAAGUCGAAAGCUCAACCUGAUCCGAAAGUAUCGAAAAAAAGCGACAAAACCGCACCGACCGUAGAACAAACAGUGGGGGCUGAGAAAAUCACCGAAAUUAAACAGAUUACGACGGAAUCAAAAUCACAGGUCAAAGAAGGACAGGACGGGAAAGUGAAAUUAGAUAAAGAGAUUAAAUCAACCGUCACAAAGGAGAAUACUAAACCGGCGGAGGCUCUUACAAAAGUCGAUCCUCAGAAAGUCAGUGCUGAAAAAAUUUCAGCUUUUGAAGACAAAAAAGUUGACAUUGCGAUUAAAGAGGAGUCUCGAGACCAAAAAACAGCCGACUCAAAAGACGAUGAGAAGAUUGCAACUGUUUCAACUUCCAAAGUAGAAGAAAAAUCGAAGGUAGAAAUUAAAACUGAGGAAAAAACAAAUGUUAGUCGUAAAGAAAAGAAAAAGACAGAUGGUAAAAAACAGCCUAAUGCAACUUCAGAUGCUAAAUCGGAGGAGAAAGCGGCGUCUGCUACCAAACUAGUUCCAAAAGAGGAAAUUCCGAAAUCCCCAGAAACUGUGACUCCUGAAAUUAAAGAUGCAAAACCUCAAGAAAAAUCUAUCGAUGUUAAAAAAUCGACGGUAUCAAAACCGGAGGCUAUUGAAUCUAAGGAAACUUCGGAAUUGAAAGAGAAAAGUACAUCGAAAUCCCAAACAGAAACGGUAACUGUGAUUGAAAAGAAGAAAGAAAAAUCCACGGAGUCUGUGACCCCUGUUGUACCAAUCGCAAAACAAGAAGAGAUCUCCACACCUGUAGUAAUUCCUGAAAAACAGAUUGUUGCUAAAGCAUCUGACGUCAAAACGGAAACCAAGCACUCUGAGGCAACGAGCCCGGUAAAAACCGAAGAGAAACCAAAGCCCGUUCACCUUGUGUCUGAUGAUUCAUGGAUGGAUCUUUUGGACGAAGAUAUUGUCAUCGAAGACGAUGAUUCUAUCGAUUGGGAAACUUCCAAGGCUGAGGUCAAAGUGGUGGAUAAAGCGAAGGAAAAGGUUGUCGAGGAGCCCAAGAGCAGCGUAAAAGAAUUGCCCGUUACGAAGGUUGACGUCAAGGAAACUAUUGAGGAGGUCAAGGUUACCGCGUCACCUGAAUCCGCAGUCGUUGAUAAGACGGAACUUCUAGUCUUGAAAGAAACGAGCGCGAAAAAAGAAACGAUUACAAGCGAUUCGGAAAUUAAGACUACCACAACUAUCGUUCAGAAGGAAUCAAUCCCGACACCAAAACCUGUUCAUUUGGUUUCUGAUGAUUCGUGGAUGGACAUAUUGGAUGAGGAUAUGGUCAUCGAAGAUGACGGUUUCGACGAAAUUGAAGACCCUAAACCAAAAGUAGAUAAAGAAUCAAUCGCGAAACCCACUUCUAAAAAGCAAACGCAGCUCAAAGAAUGUCCGAAAGUGGAAUCAGCAACGACUGAGAAAACUAUACAGAAGAUCAAGCAGAAAGUAUCACUGGAAACUGAACAACCAAAGAGACCGGAUGUACUUGAGGAAAAAGAAAAAUUGAUCAAACUUCCAGAAAGUAAACCGGAAGUUAAGGUUGAUUCCAAGCUGGAAGCUAAGGAAACGAAGGACACUGGGAAACGGAAGAAGGAGACGAAAUCCAAGGUCGUUCCCCAAACUAAAAAAGAUGCAAGUGCGGUUGAUGAAAAACCGACAGCUCUGGAGAAUGGAGGUAAAGUUGUUAAGAAAAUCGAAGAUGUGGUGUCACACGAUUCCACUGACGAAACAACAAAGUUCGACAAUCGACUGAAUCCGAACGCCAAAUCUUGGGCGUUCGUUGUUGGACAGAAAAGUACGACGAUAGAAAGCACGAAGUCAGACACCGAUACAUCACAGAAAAUAGAAAGCAGUGAAAUUUCGGAAUCCACUACAACGAAACCCACUCCAGCGGAGAUCCCUGUCGCUGCAGAAUCUAAAACAUCCGUUUUACCAAAAGAAAUACCUCAAGAAGAAAUAACACCGUCUGCAUCCGAGCCUCAAAUACAUAAAAGUCAGGAGACAGCUGCGCCAGUUAAAUCGUCAAAGAAAAAUAAGAAAAAGAACAAGAACGUCGAGAUAAAACAAUCCGAGCAACACGAUCGAGAUGAGUCAUCAGCGUCGAUCGAACCACCUGCCGCUGCUCCUGUCUCCGUAGAUUCUUUGCCCCCUGCAAGUGAAAUUGUCGGCAAAGACGCGAAUGGCAAAUCGUGGGCUUCUAUCGUUGCAAGUUCUUCAAAGACUCCUUUGCAAUCUCAGAGCGAUGAAUCCGUCGUAUCGACGUCACAAAUAACGACAACGAUUUCGGACAAUGUCGUUAUUGCAGAUAGCAAAAGCGAUAUCUCUGUCGUAGAUUCCAGCCAAUUACUUACCGAAAAGUCAACGGAAGGGGCGAUACAGCAAAAUAAAUCCCCGACGCAUGCACGCCCACGUAAAGAUAAACCACACAGUAGAGAUAAGCUCAGCGUGAAUGUUGUGAAUGAGCCUACUGUACGCGAUACCGAAGCUAUGGGGGAAAACAAAGAUCCAAAUGUAUUAGCCUUGGUACUUUCGGAGCGAGAAGGUGAACCUGAAAAAGAUGUUAAACAAGAAUCUACCCUGUGGGCUGACGACAUCGAGGAUUCAAAUCCACGGGAAGCCAUCAGCUCCGUCAGUUCUAGCAAAAUCGAUUCCAAAUCAUGGGCUGCAGUUGUAGGUACGAAAACAACUGAAACGACAGUAGUAGAGACGACCGUAACUACGCGUGACCACAGCCCGGCACAUAGCUCUGUGACAGCCAUUCCUCAAGUACAAAUUCACGUUGAGGAGGUUCCAGAAUCUGAGCCAAUUGAGAAUUUGGUCCAAGUUGACGCACAGGGAUUCAUGGAAUUCGUGAAUAGAAAAGAAUUGCGUUCCAGAAGGUCUAGGUCAAGGUCCAGGAGCUCCAGGCGGGGAGAAAAUCCUCCGCUUCAAGCCCGUGAGAUAAUCGGUCAAGAAUUGGACGGAAAAAGCGACAUAGAUAGUGCAUCCGAAGAUAAAAACGUUGUUAAGGCUGUUGAAAAACCCGAGAAGUCUGCCAAGAAAAAAGAGAAAAGUUUGAGUAAAGUCACGGACGAUCCGGCACCACAAACUGAUAAAAAACGAAAAGAGGACGACAAAGAACAAGAAAAACCUAAAGAAAUUAGUCCAAAAGAAGAGGCAACUAAACAACGUGAGAGCAGAUCAAAGACUCAAAGCGAUGUAAAUAAGGGAAGUUCCGAAAAGGGAAGCAAAGGUAAAGGACAGUCCAAAGCGAAGAACAAAGCGAAACCAACUCAAGUCAAACCGGUGGAUGCACAAAAACCAAGUGAAGAAUCAGAACCGCAAGUAGAGAAACCUGAUGAGGUGCAUGAAACUACUAAACCAACAAGUGAAGUCAAAGAGCAAGAUGUUCCUGCUAAAGUCGAAGUCCCGAAGGAUCAACCUAAGUCAAAAGAAGAACCAAAAUCCAAGGAAUCAACAAUGAUCCAAGCAACCGGUAAGCAAACGGCUGAUGAGACAAAAGUGCGGGACGUUCAACCCCGAGAAAUGGAGCCAAAGGGAAAGACAAAGAUUAAGGAACAAAAAACUGCAGGGGAUGAAAAAUCUAAGAAGUCAGCAAAAUUGAACGAUCAACAGAAGGCAAAGGAACAACCGCAGGCAAAAGAAAGCGCGGUAUUACCAGUUGAUUCCAAAUUGCCAGAGCCUGUUCCGGUUGAAACAAUUGGGAAAAAAGAAGACACUCAAGUCAAAGGAUCAUCUAAACCCACCGUGCCAGCUAAUGCCGAAGAAACAAAAGAUACUUCAAAGAAAAGCAAGGGCAAAGUGCCAGAAGAUCAAAAGUCCAAGAAAACGACCAAGUCAAAUGACAACCAAAAAGUGAAGGAGCAAUCUGUGAAGGAAGAACAGACGAAAACGAUAGUGGCUAGCACUGGGCGGGAAGAUAUUCCGGCACCUGCUAAUGUUGCCGAGUCCAAAGAAGUGACAACGGUAACAGAGCACUACGAAAAACAAGUUAUAUCCACUAAAUCGACUGACGUUAAAGAGCAACAGAAGUCAAAGAGUAAGACAGACCAGAAAGGUAAAAAGACGCCGGUCGUUGAACCCAAAUCUGACGGUCUCGAAGCUAUUACCGAUGUGAAAAAAUCAGAUGGAAAAUCUACAUCAGAAAAACAGAAGGAUACCAAAGAAUCAAAGUCAAAAAUGGAAACUGUGAUAGUUGAAAAACAACAUGUAUCGGACGAGUCAAAAGUGAAGAGCGAAGCACAACCGGCGGUCAUAACUCGAGAACAAACUGAAGCUAAAGUGACCGACCGAAAAACUUCCGAAAAAAUUCAAAUUAAAAAAUCUGCGAAAUUGGAUGAGCCGAAAAAAGCAGAAGAAAAAUCAGUUAAGAAGGAGAUUGCUGAACCGGAAAAAUCAUCGGCAGCUCAAGUUGAAGAAAUUCAAGUACCUUCCAAGGUUACAGAAGCGAAAAAUACAAGUAUUGGAAAAACAGAGACGGAGGUCAGCAAAACUAAAUCAAAGGAUUCCCCGCAGUCUAGCGAAAAAGACAAAUCGAAAAAGCCUGAAGUAAAAGAUGAAACAAGUUCCGGCAAAAAGACCGAAUCUUUGCCCGCAAAAACUUCAGUGCUUAUUGAAGCUGAUAAACCCAUCGAUGAGCCUGAAACGCAGAAAGUACCUGAUUUAUCUGGAAAAGUUGAAGUUUCAUCGGACACCAUGAGUGUAGUUGAGCAAGAGUCAAAAAAACCAGUAAAAUCAAGUGAUAAAAAGAAAGUAAAAGACGAGAGCAAAGUGGAGAAAACGACAAAAAUAACAGCUAAGACAGAGGAGCAAAAACGAACCAAUGAAGUGGAAAAAGUGAAGGAAAAACCACAGUCAAAAUCUAAAAAAGACACCGACGCAGUUAAGCCUACAGAUAUUUCUAAAGAUAAAAAAGACAAAGAGAAGGAAGCUGGAGUCGCUGGAAAAGAUAAUAUUGAAGAUCAAGGUACGCUUAAGAAACAAGAUGAACUAAGAGCAGAAAUACAUCCCAAAGAUGAAUUGAAGUCAGUGGAGAAAUCUCUACCUAAGGUGAAUAAAAAACCUGACACUGCAAUUAAGACAGAUGACAAAUCUAUCUUACGCGAAGACAGCAACAAAAAACCCUCUGAGGACUCGAAGCCUCAGGAUUCUACUCAAAUUCUGACGCAGGUUGAGCUUGAUAACAUAGAAAAGGCGACAGUCAAAGUCGACGUCAAGAAAGAGAAAUCUGUCGACAAAGUGGUCACUCGAACAGAUCAGGUUUCGUCUAAAAAUGAAACCGCGAAAUCAGACACUAAUAAAAAUCUAGGCAAGGACAAACCUCAACCAAAAGAGGAGCCUGCGCCGAAAAUAGUUGCAGAAGUAAAAGACAAUGUGCAGUUAGUGACCGAUACAAAACUUGCGGUCGAAACAGAAGUUAUUCGAGAAACUGCGAAAGUUGAAGUCGAGAAGACUGAAAAAGUGAAACCGAGAGAAUCCCCGAAAUCUACCAAGUCCGGUCUCGAAACCGACAAACCCGGAAUUACCGUUUCUACCACGAUCAUAAAAGAUCUCAAAUUCGAGCAAAAACCUUUGAAGGAGGUCAAAGAAAAGCUGGUGAUCGAGAAGGAUAUCCAGAUAAAAUCUAUCGAAGAUUCCAAACUAGAAACUCAGUAUUCCGAGCCCGAGUUAUCUCCAAAACAGAAAGUACAAUUCUACAUAGACGAUGAAGAUCUCAACUUCGAUAAAGAAGAAGAAAUAAAGAAAGACGUUGUCAUUGAAAGUGAUAAAUUGGGUCCAGCGGCACUGUCGAGGUUCAUACCUCUUGACAGUGGUUUUUGGUUUGAAAAGUGGGACUAUCACGAAGCAGAACGUCUUCUGUUCGAAAGUCUGGCUAUGAACGAGAAACCAGAUGCAGAGGACGAUAACGAGCCUAGCGAUAAGGGUCCACGCGACAAAGAUGACGAUAACGACGACGACAAUAAUUCUCGUAACGCUCCUAAAGGGCCAUCAAAUGAUUCCUCAAUUUCUCAAACAUGCGCGAGCGGCGCGCCUCAGACCGAAAGAUUAGUCGCGGAUCUUCCAGGUGGAAUUGGUAGCUGGACCGAUUACAGCACUUAUUUAUCUAACGAGCCGUUGACCAAUCAGGGUGAUCAGGGUGAAUCCCCCGAUCAUACGUCAGAAUUAGUUCGUAGAAUGGCGGAAGAGAUUAUAACCGAUUUAGAUGUUCCCGAUGCUCCAAUAUCCGAUUCUGCCUUUACCUCACCUUCUAUCCCCGUCUACCCCACAUCGCAACCCUCUUCAUCUUUAGGUAGAGAGUCACAAAGGUCCAUGCAGCACUGGAGUUCACUUCGGGAGGUGGAGAGAGAUACUUUGGCAACUGCUGAAAGAACCCGAAGGCUCAAGGAUUCCGUAUCGGAAAAUCUUGAUUCCCUGACUUUGGCUGUGGCUCGAUUAGAGCAAUCAUUAGAGUGUUUACCUGGAGACAGUCUGCAGUCUAUGCUCUCCGCACUCGUGACGAUACUGGCCGAUCUACAAGUCUACGAUCGACAGACGAUCGUUAUAAUCACCCACCUGGCAACCAUCCCGGCUGAUUCUGAGACGCAGGAAUUAUCCUUACUUCUCAAGGACCUCCGCACAAAAAUCGCUAACCUUUCGGCACAAACCGAACAAGGAACCGUAGCUCUGGAAAAUGCACGCAGUGCGCAAGAACGUCGUCAGCAAGAAGUAAUUGCUUACAUGUCAUUUUUGGACGAAACCGAAAUUUGGAUCAGGCAAAUCACUGCCACAAUCAAUGAGAAACAAUCCUCAAUAGCGUGCAAGGAACUUCUCGAGGACAUUAUUAUCAGGGAGAAGCGGGUGGCGGAGAUGGAGUCGCUACCGGAAGUGAGCGUCCUAGCGAAAGCCAUGAGGGAAGCUUUGACGGACGUUGAAACUCGAUUACGACACAAGCAGCAGGAGAUCGAAAUGCUGGAGGAAAUGGCGCAGGCAGAAGACAACGCUUCAGAACGCGACGAGGAUACUUUAGACUCCGCCCCUUCGAUACAUUCAUCUUUGGAACACGAACCGAAUUCCCUUCCAUCGCAAGCUGAUGUUUCUUUGCAGACCGGUCAAAGCUUACUGCUCGACACAAUUCCUGCCGAAAAACCGGCACAACUAACGAAACAAACGUCAACGACAACUUCAACGGUUGAUAAACCGGCACAACUCACGAAACAGACAUCGACCACCCACAUCCCAGUGUCGACGUCCUCCCAAACUGUGCCAACUGAGUCAAAUAUAUUAGCGACGAGAGAUGGGGAUACCACGCAAACCCAGGAGACGAUUAAAAUCGUCAAAUCGUCAGAUGGAAAUCACGACGUGAUCGAAAUAGCUACUAAAAACGUUCCCUCGAAUGCAAAUACGGAAUUCAUCAGACGCGAACAGUCCGGAUCGAUGCCCGAUGAUAUAGUCGUUGACAUGAAAUAUCAGGGCGCCCAAAAAACUGAAAGUGCUACUUCGGAACUCAACAUUUCCCACGCCGCUCCACAAGCCUUUGAAACUUUCCUAACGGAACCUGACGAUACGACAACCGAAGUAGUCGUCGAUGCCGAUGGUACUAAGAGAAUAAUCGUGAGGAAACUCCGACGGACUUUGGUCACCAGCCAACAAACAACUCAGCAACACUUCAGCACGUUGUCUACUUCGGUAGAUGGAAAUCCUCCGGUGACCCAAGCAUUUUCCGAAGCUACGAUGAGGGGACAACAAGUUACCUUUACUCGCUCGAAACCGGACGGAACGGUCGAAUUAUCGACAACCCAGUCGUACGGUGGGCGCGUCACAACCGGCGCACCGGGUGGUGAAAUCAAUGUCGAAGAGUUUGAAACUGGCCCUCAACACUCGCAUCAAGUAAUCCAAGGGAAUAUUCAAGACUUGAGUCUGAGGCCGGUUGAAGGUGAGGCAGCUGCGGAAUCCGGAGAGUACCAAACGACGACUUCUAGUGUUCACGCCGUGGUCCAGCAGGUCACUAGGCGGGUGAUCAGAAGAACGAGACGCAUUAUCAGGAAGGUGACUAUCAUUGAUGGAAAAGAAACGACGAGCGAAGAGGUGAUAGAAGAACCGGAGGAGGUGGAAAUUGACGAACAAGACAUACCGCACAUCAGUAUAAAUGUUACCAGAAAUGAAAAUGAAAGAAUCAUCGAUAACGACAUCGCUAUUUUUGCGGAUGGCGUGGAAGUUGCAGAGAAAAAAAUGGUGGAUAUACAACCACAUCAAGAACCGCUUCAGGAAGGUACAACGGCACUCACGCCGGGAAGUCCGAUGCAAGGACCGUUCUUUGGACCAUUUGCCAAAGACAUGACACCGAAAUCUUCUUUUACAGAGACUACCCGAGCGACUACUGUCACAGAAACAAAACAGGGAGUUGAAGAAGUUUCGAAAGAACAACACAUUUCCAGCACGGAGAAGGAAAUCGUUGAAGUGGCUUCCGACGAGUCGUUGAAAGAAGAUGACGAAUUAAGCAAAUCCAGACCCGAAACAUCGAUCGAUGUGAAAUCCGUUACUGCUGAAUCUGAACGAUCCGAAUCACCCCGAGGAAAAGUCAGCGAUACCCGAAAAAUAACUGUCGUUGAAAAACAUGCUAUGGAAUAUUUACCCAUCGAGGUAACUGACUCCCGCGAUCCGAAUGAAACUCUAAUAAAAUAUGAAAAAUCUGAAAUUUUUCAGACUCCGAUCGACGACCUGUCGAUCUGUGACUCGAAUACCGAACCGUCGGUAGAUACAACAAUUCCUGAGGACGUUGUCGUGACUCGUGCCAAGUGUAAGUCAGAUGCACCCGCAAGUAAAGAAAGUAAAGGUGAUUCACAAAUUGCAAAAUUAGAAUCAGGCACGGUAGAAAUAGUAGAGCAUGCAGUUAGCAGCACCGUAGAAGAUUUUAAUAAACCAAGUUUCCCCGUGUCAGAAGAAACGGAACGCGAAGGAUAUGAGAAAAUUGAAAGGGAUGCUAAUGAAAAAUUAGCGGAAAAGGAACACGAUACUAAGAUCGUAGAAGCACCGAGUCCAAAACCUGAAAAAUUGAUCAUAAAAUUAAAAGAAACCGAAAGUCUGGCAAUAGAGCCGAUCGAGGCUGUUCACCAAAUCCCCGAUUCACCAAAAAUUCUCGAAUCUACGACACCAUUAGUAGUUGAAAGCCAAGCAGAACAAGAUGCCUCCGAACUGUUAGAUGACGGUAAAGAGAAGAAGGUUGAAUCAUCUAUAAAGGAGAAUAUUGUCGUUUCAGAGCUACCCGAUAAAGUCAGAGAAAUGUUCACGUACCAAAUCGUAACUGAACACAAAUCGCAAGCGACCGACCAAUUUUUAUCACAAGAACGUGCACACGCAUUGAGAGAUCCACAACUCAGCUCGGUCUCUUGCGGUUCCGAAUACAAGCCCGUCGCGGAGAAGGUAGAAAUAUCUUUAUCGGUGCAGGAGCAAAGUGAAGAAGCUGGAUCAUCUGUAUUCGUAAAAACUCAGGCGGAACGACCUCAGGUAGCUCCAUAUCAGAUUGUAAAGGAAGACGUGGACAUUAAUCUUCCGGCUGAAAGAGAAACCGUUCAAGUCAUUCAUAAUAAAUUCGUGCAAACCAGCGCCCUUGAAACAAACGAAAAGGAAACCGAGACCUACGAACCGUCCGAAAAAAGCGAUUCCGAUAGCACUACGAGUAGAAAGAUUCGAAAAAAGAAAAAACAUAAAAAUAAAAUUGACACCCCUGAAAAAUCCGUUACCGAAGACUCGAGCGCAUCCAUCACUACUACGAUUGCCGAUUCUACUGAUAUCAAUGUGCCGAUGACCGAUUCAUCGAAACACCAAAGUGAACAACCCCAACCAGAUUUGAAAGAUAUUACCGAACCUUCGUCUCUGAUUUCAACUUUCCAAGACGACAAUUCUGAACCGGAUAACGGGUACGAACCUGAUGACAAAACGACGGUAGACGAGUUGUCUUUGGCUGACGAUGAGGAAGCUGGGAAGAAGAAAAAUAAGAAAAAGAAGAAAAGAAAGCAAAAAGUAAAAACAAAACAUGAGGACAGUUCGGAGGUUCCGAAAACUACUACCGAUGAAGCUGAAAUUACCAAUGAAGUGUUACCAGAAAAUGAUGAGAUAGCUAAGGAGGAGAAGAAGACAAAGAAACGGAAGCCAAAGAAGGAAAUCACCGAGGAAGUAGUAGACGAGCCAGAACCUCAGGUGUUGCGAAGUGAGAUACAAACGCAAACCGUAGUUGAAACAUGCGAUGUUGGUGCUGGAAGCACAUCGCCAGACGUACCAAGAAUACCAACCAGUUCAGCACAAACGUCGCCGGAACCCAUCGGCGAUAAUAAAGAACAAGAAAUGCAGACCGAAAAAUCAAAUGACAUCAAUAUCGAAGUACAAACUUCUCCGAAACCCGCGAUAGAUUCGGCCAUGCAAACAAGCAAACCCGAAACACCAGAGAUCGAACACUUGGCAAUGCAAACCAUCACACCCGUACGAACGCCCACCGAAGAUGAAGAAGCGCAGACGAGUCCCAUUCAAGAUGAGAAACCCAAUGUCGAUGACAGCUUCGUGCAAACCAGUCCUACUCAGGCUGAAGAAUCCGCAGUUAUAGAGGAAACGUAUGUUCAAACGAGUCCGAUCGAACCGGAGAAACCUAGCAUUGAAGAAACUUUCGUUCAAACAAGUCCUUUCGAAUCAGAGAAGCUAGUUCUUGAGGAAAUAUUCGUACAGACAAGUCCAAUCGAACCAGAGAAGCCUAGCAUCGAAGAAACGCCUUCUCAGACUAGCCCGAUCGAACCAGAAAAACCAACCGUUGAAGAUCAUUUUAUGCAAACAAGCCCUGUACAAUCUCAGACACCAGAUGUUGACGAAACUUACGUUCAAACAAGCCCGAUUGAACCUGAAAAACCAAGCGUUGAAGAAAUUUUCAUCCAGACAAGUCCCGUACAGCCGGAUGUACCAGAAAUUGAAGACACCUACGUCCAGACGAGUCCGAUUGAAACUGAGAAGCCAGAUUACGAGGAGGUUUACAUUCAAACAAGUCCGAUCGAACCCGAAAAAUCGGAGAUCGAAGAUAUCGAAGUACAGACUACUCCUACGGAAGGGAUUCCCAUGGAAUCGCAGACCUCGCCGAUCGAAAUCUUGCCCACUGCGGAAAUAGAAACACAAACGGUUUCACCGGAGCCAACAGCAACCAAGGAAGAUGCGGUUCAACAAACAACUCCAACGCCAUCACCGGAAGAGGAUAAAGUAAUUUCACAGGAAGUUACAGUUCAAACUGUGACUCCGGAACCUGUCGUGACAACGGAAAUUGACAUCCAGACAUCUGCGGUAGUUAGUCCUGAGAUUCCUGCUUUGGAAGACUCGACCGUACAGACUGAUGUUCCCGUAAAUGCCGUGAUCGAAAGCUCCGAGACUCAGACAACACCUAAAGAAAGUCCCCGUAUCCCAGUUACUUCCGAUAUGGAAAUGCAAACCAAGACACCCGAACCAACCGUGGAAAGUGACGCGCAGACAAGCGCAAUUCAGAGCCCGGAACCAGUCGAAAUACCGGAACAAGUCCAGACCAUUAUCGAACAAGUGAAAACCGUCGAAGGAGAAUCUCAGACUAAAACCCCAGAGAAAUUACCAGGUGUGGACUUUUCGAUUCAGACUAAAGAACGCGAACUGGUACCAACCUCGGAAGAGGAAACGCAGGCUGUUGCUGUUACGACGGAUGUUAGUGCGCAAACAGUAGUACCGGAAGUGAAACCGGAGAGUCCGAAGCCUGUCGAUCCUGCACCACCUGUGCCGGAAAAUGUCGUCGUACCAAAAAUUGUUCCUGAAGAAGCGGCACCCGUUCAACCGGAUAUGGAUUCUUUAACCGAUACUUCGUACGAAAUUCAUGUCCAAGCCACCAUAGAAAUUCCGGAUAGUAUGAGUCAGAGUUUUUUGGAUUCUGAGCGUGCUUCUGCGGUAGAAACUUCUCAAGACACGAGCAUCACUGAGGACCUCUCGGAAAACGUAACGAGCCUCGAAGAUGAGACAGCCAGACUAGGGAAGAGACAAAGAAGGAAAAGAAAACAUAAACCAAGUGAAGCGCGAGACCAAACUCCGCCCAAUAAAGAAAGAACGGAUCUUGGAACAAUAUUUGGGCAGCCUGUAACGGCUCAAGAGUCACUCCCGAAACUGUCUUAUUCCGACGUGGCCAAAAAGAAUUCUGACCAAACGAGAUCCACGUCGCCCCUAGAUUCUUCGGAAGAAUGUGUCGUAAGGGAAGAACCUGGUAGUAUCGUCGUAGGAAAAGUUUUAACUGAUUUGGAUAUAAACACAAUCAAAGUCCAAGGAAAAGCGAUAAAAAAAUCGGGCGAUGAUUCACAAAUCAUCACGUCGAAGGUCACCAUCGAAAAAUUGAAGUCUUCUGACCCAACUACAGCACAAGUCCGAGUAGUGCAAACAAUUUCACAAGAACCAUCUGUACACCGUAAACACUCCAGCGAAAAAUCAUCGAAAGAUGACUUCAAACCAACUAAGUCGGAUCCAUCUCAUGGUCCAAGUUACUCAAUAACGAAAAUCCAAGAAUCAUCUUCUCACGAUCCUCAUCAACUUCCAACAGAAGCUAUAAGCAUCGUCACCAUUCAAGAGCCGAUGGAUACAACGGAGGAACCUCUUUCUCCGAUGGAAUCUGUACUAGCCAAAAAAGUCGAAUCGCCAUCCGGCAAAAAAGAGGUGAAGUCGUACGCUGAUACUCUUUUGGAUCGAAAAUCGUCUAAAUCACCGGUUCCUAGUGAUUACGAAAAACGAGACACGAGUCCUGGUACAAAUUGGGAAGACAGACUUCUGGUAUCCCAUAGUCCAGGUAGAAAAACUCCUAGCCCAACGACUCUCCUACUCGCUGAAGCUCUAGAAUAUGGCGUUCCACAAAGUCAAGUCUCGCAGCGUACCAGAGCAACAAAAGUCAUAGCAGAUCGCGUUAGGACAUCACAACAUGCCAAACAGACGACGCAUUUGACAAACAUUCUGUACAUUGCAACGUUGGAUCAAGUUAUCACGAAUGAAUCUAUCGAGGAACUGAGUGGUACUGUUCAACGAGGAUUGGGACAACUUCGAGCAGCUGUCGAGGAGAGUGACACCGUAAUUAUCAAGCACACUUUGAUAACGGUAGUGGAAACAAUAUCAACAUGGUUGGAAUCUGUGGAGUAUCGUAUCUUCCUGAGCAGAGAAAGUCCACACGGUCCAUCGCACGAUGACUUGAGAACUUUUAUAGAACUCAAAGAAGAAAUAAAUCACGUCGAGGAAAGCGUGAGAGAGUUGGACUCGAUUUGGAAGAACGUAGAAGUGCAAUAUCCGGAGGAGGACCGCAACAAAAUUCUGGACUGCUUGGGUGCUCUGGAAUCACAAGUGGAAGCCAUCGAGAAUAUCACAGAUGACGGAGAGAAAUAUGCAACUACAGAGCUCAUACGGUGGGACGAGUUUCUCAAUGGCGUUAACAACGUAUCGCGACUCGUGGACGAGGAACGGAAGCACCUGGACAGUAUCAUCGAGAGCGAUGCGUCGACACAGUGGAAACUUCAGGAGCUGGAAAAAAUCGACAACACGAACCGUUGCCACAUGUGGAAGACGGGAAAAUUGGUCUCUGCCGCCAGAGGUAUCCUCAGGGAUUAUCCCGGAAAGGUUGUUCCGGAGGACGCUUACGCUUCGCACGAGAUGACUCGGGUUAUUGAGUACACGAUACUGAUCGAGAGGGAUCGAUUACUCCAACUUCUCUCUCUUGCCGAAGAGUACGAGCAAACUUUACAAGAAUUUGCACAGAUCACCGAAAUAGCGGAAAGCUUACUCGACAGCCCCAUGUCUGUGGCUAGUCUGGAAGACCUGCAAGAAGAGAUGCAGAAGCACCGGAAGUUCUUCGUCAACUUGAACCAUUGCCGUGCUAUUCUCGAAUCCCUGGAGGGUAACCUUGACAAAGAAACGAGAGCGAAACACUCCGACCUUCACGAAGAACUUCAUGGAAGAGCCAUCACGCUUCUCGAUCAAGCCGCUUCACGAGCUCAGCAAAUGUCCCUAGCAGCAUCCAGGUGGAUUAUGCUCGAGCAGGGCCUGAAAGAAGAAAGGGGAUGGCUCGGAGUUGCUCAUCAACGUGUUCCAGACCUGCAAACAGUCACGUCAUCCGACUAUGAACAGUACAUUUCAUUGUAUCAGUCCCUGUCGUCCGACAUCGCCACUCAUCACGCUCGAUUGAUACAACUCUUGGGCGUAGCUCGAAGUCUCGAGGAAUUGGUGCAAAUUGAGGACCCUGAAGAUCGUUACGGGGAGGCAUUGGGUGUAAUAAUAAAGCUUCAAGAUGAAGUGGAUUCUUCGUUGAGGCGACUCCUGUCAUUUAGAGAUCGCUGGACUACCCAAGAAGCUUUGAUCAGUAGGCUAGAGAAGUGGAUGAAUACAACCGAACGAGAGCUUGCAUUCGUCCGAGAUCCUUCUGGCGGCAAUAUGCGUCAAUUCUGGGAAAUAAAAGCACAGUACGAAGUCCAUAAGAACAUUCGCAACGAAGCCGACAACAAUUUCGAACAAGCACUGAGGAUAGUUCCGCUGUCGGAUGAGAUGUUGCAACGUCAGUUCCAUGGAGAAUUACAAGAGCGUUGGCAAGAAGUUAGCGAAAAGAUCAACGAAAUCCAGGCUUCAGUUACCGAGAACGUAUCGUCGGCCGACGUUCCAGUUAACGACAAACUCAAGCUCCUGGAGCGAGAAUUGAACGAACUUCGAUUAACCAUCGACGGUUUCCACGGUGUCCUUAAAACUGAGGAAGAACUCGAACUGUACGUGGAACGUCUAUCGGUUCUUUUCGAACGGGUGAUCGUCAUCCAAGACGAACUCGGGCGACUGGGUCUCCUUCCGGCAGCGGAAAGUGAACGAGUUGGAGUCCUGCUGUCGUCAGCUCGUCGAAUCGAAGGUUUGAUCGGAGAGGAACUGGACGCUGCUCAGCUACUCAGGGAACGUCUUCAAGCUCUGCAACGUGGGUUAGCUCGAGUUCGGAGGUGUCACCAGAGACAGUCGUCGAUUUUAGAUCAGUGCGAAGGCAACGAGGGCCAGGGUAGCGAAAUCGUAGCAUCGUGCGUAGAGAGAUGCCAGGGCGUUGCCGAGGAGUUGACGAAUUUAUGGCAAGACCUGAUGGGCCUGCGUCAACUUCUUCAUACCCUGCCGAUGAGGACCAGAGUUUCCGUCUCCCCACUCGGUGUCGAGAGGAGAAUCUCCAAUCUCCAAGACGUGCAUACCGAACUCGAAUCUAGGUGCGCUCGCCUCCUUAAUCUCCUGAGAAACAGACUCGGACUCUGGAGAAGAUUUGAGAGACAGCUGGAACUCGUCCAACAAUCCGUACAGGAGGCUGACUACAUGAUGGAAUUGCUUACCGUUCAGGGAUCUGUCGAUUACGAAAGACUGUUGAAGGCGACGGAGCGUCUUGAGGGUCUCAGUGGCGAUUUAGGGGUGCGGGAAGUGCUCGUCGGCGAACUCCGCGCCGCAGCGGAACCUCUACGGGAGUCUUGCUCUGCGGAGGUCGGCGAACGGGUGGAAGCCGCUGUCCAGGAGGCGGUCCAAGCUUGGGAAGACACGAGGGCUGAACUAGACGCCCUUUGCAACAAGUAUCACCACGCUGUAAGACUUUGGCAACAAUAUAGGGACGCAAGUGCCGCUGUAAAGGCUUGGGCCGACACGCAAAUGGGCAGUGUUUCAAACCUGCCUCCCGAAGAAGCCAGGAAACAAGUCAAGGUCUGCGAGGAAACGCUGGCAGAGCAUAAAGAGAGAUUGGCAGAACUUCGUGGGCUGGUGGCACAGAUUGCCUCGGAUGUCGGCCUUGAGGCUGGCGGCCCUUUGCACACCGAGGUCGAGGCCCUAGGCCGUCGUCUAGAAGAUGUGCGAGAGGCCAUAUCUACUCUUGCCGAUACGGCGGACGCGAGAGCGCUCAAUCAAGAAUUAGCGGUCGGUGACCUCAACCAGACCAAGAUCUUCCUUGACUCGGUGCAGCAGAGCCUGGCCACUGUAGGGCACGGUGAUUCCAAGGAACAGCUAAAAUUGUUACGAAGCCAUCUACUCGCGUUGACUCGGACUGAACCUCAGCUCCAGUCCAUCAAGGACCGCGCUUUAGAUGCUGCACCCCAAGAAACAUCUGUGGUAGAAGUUCUGCAAUUAUGGCAGCGCGUUUUCCGCGAAACUUUCCAACAAUAUCACCGAUUGUCGACACGUUUGGUCCAUUCGCAAGAUGGAGCGGCUGCCCUGCGUCUGUGGCACGAAUACCUGGCUCAUGUUCAGGCAUUCCUUUCGAUGGGUGUACCCGGCGAUUACAGCGGCCUGUCGGAGCACAGACACUUGUGCGAGGUGCAUAAAAAUUUGCUCACCGAUCAGCAAAAUCUUUUGUUGACCGUAAACUCCGGGGAGGGUAGGGAUCUUUCCAUUGCCGAACAGUUCAACGCAUUAACGAAUCUUCAUAAUGAGACACUUGCUAAAAUCAUGGAGAGACACGCCGCUGUGGAAGACCGUCUCGGGGCUUGGGAGAAGUACAGAAAUGAUCAGAGCAAGUUAUUGAAUUGGCUCAAGGAUACGGAGAGGGAAAGGAGCAGGCUGCAGCUGAGAUUCAUUCAUUUGCGCAGACUGGACAAAGUAUUGCUGAGGAUACAUUCUUUGCUGGAAAAAUUACCCGCUGGAGAACUUCAGGCUGAAUCUCUGACCGCCCAACAGGAGUCCCUGCUGAUAAAUUGUGACGAAGCUCUAGCCGCUUCUGUCCGGAUGGAACACGUCGCCAACGUCCAACGGAUCGCGAACAUUCGAGCUGGUCUCGAAACGUGGAAGGACUUCAUCGUGAGGAUACAAGAGCUUAACGAACAACACGAGAAACAAACUGCCAAAAUCACCUCCGCCUUCCAAGAAGUUAGCCAAACCCUGAAUAUGGCUUUCCUCGUCGGACCCAGUAGUCUGACGAGAACACGUGAACAGCUGGACUCCUUGCAAGAUUUGAGAACCAGACUCGCUGCCACCUGCGCCGAUCUGGAGGCUCUCGGUGUCACUGCUGAACAGUUGAAAGAAUGCCUGAGCCCUUCGGAUAUGAAAUCGUUGAACCAACACGGAUCUCUCCUCUGGCAACAACACGGAGACCUGGAACAUCAAUUGGCUUUGCUCGCUCACAGAUUGGGAGAACGUUGCAGUCUUCACAACCGAUGGGAAUCGAGACGAUCGCGAUUGAUCACAUGGACGAUCGAUGCCGAAGACAGAAUACAGAAUUGCGACUCCGCGACUGUGGAUGAACCCGAGGAGGCACUGAAAAGGGUUGAGUCUGAACUUCAGGCGGAAAUGGCAUUGAAACAGAGGGAAUUGGGGUGGCUGCAGCAUACUGGCCAGGAAUUGGUAGACGUUGCCGAGGAUGCUGCUGAAAGAACUAGGUUGCAAAAGGCGUUAGACGAACUCAACGAAAGGUGGUGCAAGUUACAGAAUGCCGGCAAAGCCAGGGCGAACAAAUUAGAAGAUCUGAUGCAUACGACAAGUAACCUGGAGAGACGGAUUGCUGAAAUACGCGUGUGGCUUGGAGGCAUAGAAGUACAGUUGACCGAACCAUUCAUUCUGGAAUCGAGAGAUCAGAAUGCGGUGGAUAAGAAACUCGAAGAUCACAAUGUGUUGCAGAAAAUGAUUGAAGCUGAGAGCGGUAACAUCGGGGAGGUUCUGAAUCUCUGUGAAAUAUUGCUCAGUGAUUGCGAUGCUUGGAAAGCAUCUUUUAACACAAAUACCAUCAAAUCCGGAAUGGAUGGUCUCGAACGACGCUGGAAGGCAGCUUGCGUAGGGUCAGCAGAACGAAAACGAAAGAUCAUGAUUGCGUGGAAGCUCUUGCAACAAUUAGAAAAGUUGAAAAUAGAACACGAACCGUGGCUCAUAAAAACGGAGUCUGAAUUACUGAAACUUGAAAGUAACGCAGAUGAUCUAUCCAAUGAGGAAACUGCAAAGACUGUGCAGAAAGCUAAAAAAAUUCUGAAAGACAUCGAAGCACACAGUCCUGCUUUACAAAUACUUGAACAAAGUUAUAGCCGUCUUGCCAAAGGUGGGCUGGAACCAGAUAAUCUGAGAUCUUUAACGGCCGAUGUUCGUGGGAUACUGGACAGGUGGUAUGCACUUCGGCCCAGAGUAGAUGCCAUGCUAUCUGCGGUGCAGAGAGACCAGAAAAAUUAUCGGGAAUUCAUUACUAUACAUGGAGCAGCUGUAGUCGGACUUACCCAAAUCGAUGUCCGGUUGACUCAGCUUCAACAUCUAGCUACUCCGGAACAAAAGGCAUCGCCGAGGAGAAGAUUGCAGCAAAUUACGGAGAUUGAAAAUGAAUUAGCUACUCAGGGUACGACGCUCGAGAGAGCAGACCAACUAGCGCUACAAAUGAUGAAAGAGAGUCACCCUAACGAUGUGGGAUCAAUUCAGGAACUUGUAGAUGAAUAUCAACUCUUGUGGAAGGAUAUAAAGUUGCGCGUGGCCGAACUUCGAGCGCAAGUUGAAUCACAACAGAAGAUCGAAGUUGAUGAAGCUGUGCAGGUAGAAACCCUCAAGUUCGAACAGGACACAGCUGUACAGGUUGAUACGCUACCAAGAAUAGUGAAAAUGACAUCCUGUGAUGCUUACCUCAUGGAGUUGGAAGGCGCAAUUACGGAAUGCCGCGCUGCCCUAGAUGCUCUUGAGGUUGCUGUCACGCCAGACCCCACUGCUGGUCCUGGUCUGCCAACUGCUGCAAAAACUAUGGCGAAAUUGAUAGGAAGUUGCCAAUCAUCUGUGGAAUUAGUGAGACAUUUACAUAGUCUGCUGGUUGGAGAUGAAAAAGUCAGUGCAGAAGCUGCAAGAACUUCUGAUGUGGCUGUAUUAACAGCUCGAUAUGAAGCACUACUGGUUCGAGCACGAGCUCGAGAACAACAAAUAAGAGAACUCAGGUCUCCUCUCUCCGACGAUUAUUCUUUUCCAUGCGAACACGAUGGCGGCAGAUUAACAUGCCCCUUAUGCUCACGAAGAAAUUGGGCUCAACUUGACAAUGACCUUUGGAGAUUAGAGAAAUGGCUUCAGCUGGCAGAGGGCACACAAAGUGAACAGCAUUCACCUCCGAGUCAUAUAGAACAGUUAGAGGACGUGAUUCAGGAUCACCGUGAAUUUUUACUCGAUCUUGAUAGCCAUAAAAGCAUCGUCGUCAGUUUGAAUAUAGUUGGAACACAUCUCGCUGAUCAUACAGAAGAUGUUGAACGUGCGAACGAUCUACGCGAUAGAUUAGCCACCGCCAAUUUGCGAUGGGAGAAAGUUUGCCAGGCAGCAGCCGCAUGGCAAGCUGCAUUGCAGUCAGCACUGAUGGGCAAUCAACAAUUCCAUCGUAUCAUCGAAGAACUUGUUACCUGGCUCGAAAGAACCGAAAUAUCCAUUAGAGCCAGCGAACCUAUUGAUCUCACAGAAGAUACCCACAUUAUCCAAGCAAAAUACAACAAAUUCAGAGAGCUGCGCAGCGACUUAGAACGAUGCGAACCUCGCGUACUAUCUUUACAAGAAUCUGCGAACCAGUUGCUCGAGGAACAUGGUGAAGCUCGCGAACGUCUCUCAGAACUUCGUCUGCGGCUACAAUCGCUUCGUCGGCUAACUGGUAUUUAUGCUCUAAAACUAGGAGCAGCACUCGGAUUAGAUCCACGAGAAGUAGGUCUGGCAGCAACAUCUUCCUCACUUGCAUCCCUCUCGCAAGAUUUACUCGACGAAGCUACCUCAGGAACUGCUCAACCUCACGACACUGCUGCUGGAGAUGGUGACAAAGAAGAUCGAACGGUAUUAGCGCGAGGCUAUCGUUUCUUGGGACGAGUAUUACGAGCCUCUCUUCCAAUCCAGGCGCUAAUGCUGUUGUUACUGGGUGUUGCCUCUUUGGUCCCUUCGGCAGAAGACGAUUACAGUUGCAUGCUCACUAACAACUUAGGGAAAAGCUUCACCCCUACACUUGAGUUCCCCCACGGACCUCCCCCCCUGUAACAGUGUCAAAGACAUUAAUUUAUUCUCUGAUGCCAGUCAGUAUAGUUCAGAGUAUUUAGCUGUGCUAGAAUGGAAGCGAGUUAUUCCUAAUGCAGAAAAUCGCAAAUUACACAGGUAGGUACUUACUGCAGUAACUUUAGAUUAAUUAGUUUUCCAAGAUGAUUUUGUAAAUAAAGAAAUAUAGCGGACCAAGAGGUUGAAUAUUUUUAAUGGCUGGCAAAUAUAUCAUUAAUUCAUUUUUUGUACAUUAUGAUAUGAACUUGAUGUACGAAACUAUGUUAAGACCGUUGCAUUGUGAUUCUCAAAGAAGUAUCGAGAUUAAUUCAAGAAAAGAAAACAAUCGAUGCGAACAAAAGGCUGACAUCCCUUUAUGCUAAUAUACUUAAAAUGAGUGACUGAAACGGGAGACGAAUAUUACAGUUAGUGUACUCAAUAGAUUAAUGAGUGUGCCGUAUGGAAUUUAAUUGUCCACACUACUUUGCCAUAACCAGCAUAAUAAUGGGUGAGAUCAUGAUUUUGUUUAAAUUAUAUAUAUUUGUUGUGAAAAUGUGUCUUAUUUAUUCAUUUUUCGUACAAAUUAUGAUCUUACCCGUAAGAAACUUAAUCCCACGAAAUACCUAAUAUUAUCUAAUGAACAUACAUUAAAAUGGUAUGUUGAACAUAUUAUACAUACUUUUACACAUAUUCCUAAUGUACGCAACAUUCAUACUAGAGGGGAACAAAGGAUACUUGCCUAAUUUAAUUUUUUUUAUAAUUUGAGUUUCACUGAGAUUUUGUUGUAAGUCUUACUUUAGAGAGUGGAACAUCCAAAGUUAGACUUGAAACAAUAUCUAUGGUCCGAUGGUGCUAUUCCAGUUGUGGUUUUCUCGACAGAAGGAACUUAUAUCUUUAUAAAUACUAAUUGAUUUAAUUUUAAUCAAUUAUUAUAAUUAUUGCCUCGUGUAUCUGAAUGCGAAAGUUUAUCGAAUGAUAUUUGGUAUGAAUAAAGUACCAUACUGAAAGUACGAAAAGAAUCGAAUAUAUGUAGAUUGUUCCGAAAACGAAUGAUGAAAAUAAAUUGAACGCACAGAUUAACAAUAAGUUAAUUGGCGAUAUACGAAUACUUACCGGGCCUUGAGGUCAACUAGUUACGCUUGAUAAUUUACAUGUUUUUUGCUUGUUGCACAUUGAGCUUUGUUACGUAUUUUUAUAAAGAAAGAGCUUAUAAGGUGGUGUAUAUCUAUCGAUAUUAUAAUAUAUUGCUAAAAACACUAUUAAAUAUAAUACAGUCAUUUAA